GACCCACGUGUCAGAGAGGUUUUGGGGUUCGGUAAACCAGGCGAGGGGGGUGUUGCCGUGGAGGGGAAGCUGGUAACGGUUGUCCACGGCAACGACCUGGCCAACGUAUCCUUCCUCAACUUCCAGGCCAUGCAGGAAGACACCGCCAAGGUUACCAUGGAAAUACCUUUCCGUCUCAUCCAUCACUCCUCUCAUCCCUCUAUCACUACCUUCUCUCCUCGCAUCCCUCUAUCACUCUCUUUUCUCGUUCCCUCCGCCCCUUUCCUCUCUCUUCCCUCCUUCCUUGAAUUACCAUUGGAAGACCUCGUCUCAUCACUCUGUUCUCUCCUCUCCUCUCAUCUCCUCUCACCCCUUUAUCACUUUCUUUUAUCCUCUACUUUCAUCCAUCCCUCCUCUCACCCCUUUAUCACUGUGUUCUGUCCUCUCAUCUAUCGCUACCUCUGUCCCCUUCUCUCUCUCCCUUCCUUCCUUGACUUACAAUGGAAACACCUCUACUCAUCCCUCCCUCACUCGCCUCUCUCUAUUGUUCCCUUUGUCUCUUCAUUCUAUCUUUCCUCCUUCCUUGACUUAACAAAUAAACCACAAUACUGUCCUAUCACUCUCUUCUCUCUCGUUUACGUUUUUUUUUGUUUCUCUCUGUUUUCUUCACCCCCUCUCUCUCUCUUUCUCUUCUCUCUCCCUCUAACACUGAGCCGCUCACCUGUUCCUGUUGUUUGUUCCCGCCUCCUUUCUCUCUCCUCUCUCCUUCCUUCCCCCUCCACUCUCUCUGUUUUCCCCUUCUGGCUGUGUCUCAAAUGACACCCUAUUCCCUACAUAGUGCACUACUUUUCACCAGAGCCCUAUGGGCCUUAGUCAAAAGCAGUGCACUAUAUAGGGAGUAGGGUGCCAUUUGGGACACGGCCUGUGUCUCUCAGUCCCUGCACUGAUUGUGUUCUUCGUGAUAUUGAGUCUGUGGUUUUGUGUUUGUGUUUAUAGAACUGUGGGUGGUAUUACGGUUAUGAUUGUAAGUGCUGAUCGUGUGUGUAUCACUGUUCUUAAUAAUAAUUGUUCACUGUGUGUGUGUGUGUUCAGGUGUGGACAGAGGAGCUGUUUAAACUGGCCACAAACAUUCUGUCUCAGAAUGCAUCUCGCAACACCUUCCUCCUCAAAGCGUAAGUUGUGUGUGUGUGGCGUGUAUCUUAUUCAUACUGACAUAGCAUGUUUUUUUAUAUUCUCUCUCUAUCUCUCUCUCUCUCUCUCUCUCUCUCUCUCUCUCUCUCUCUCUCUCUCUCUCUCUCUCUCUCUCUCUCUCUCUCUCUCUCUCUCUCUCUCUCUUUUUCUCUCUCUCUCUCUCUCUCAGGUACACCAAGUUAAAGUUGCAGGUGAAUCAGGAUGGAAAGAUUCCAGUGAAGAAGUGAGACACACACACACUACUGCUAAUCCUGACAUAGCUCUCAGACAUGACUUCCUACUUCUCCUUUCUACCUCUUUUCUCAGUUUCACUUUCUCCCUCUGUUGUUCUCUCUCUCUCACUCUCUCUGUUUCUCUCUCUCUCUCUCUCUCUCUCUCUCUCUCUCUCUCUCUCUCUCUCUCUCUCUCUCUCUCUCUCUCUCUCUCUCUCUCUCUCUCUCUCUAUCCCUCUCUCUCUAUCCCUCUCUCUCAACUAAUUUCAGUGUAACUGAAAUCCAGCCAAUGUAAUGGUUUGUUUCCAAACUAAAUGCAACAUGGUUAGGUGAACUUAAUUAUUGCAUCAAAUUUAGUAAGACUGAUUCUAACGAUAACACAUUCUCUCCCCCUCCAUCUCUCUCCAUUUCAAUUCAAUUUAAAUGCUUUAUUGGCGUGACAAAAAAUUAUUGUUGCCAAAUCAACAAUGCUGAACAAUUCUCUCGCUCUCUCUCUUACCUCCCACCUUGUCUUCCUCCCUCUGUCUCCCUCUGUCUCCCUCUCUCCCUGCCUCGUUCCCUCCCCGUCUCUCUCUCUCGCUCCCUCCCUCCCUCCCCCUCUCCCUCUUCCCCUCCCUCUCUCCCCCUUUCCCUCCCUCCCUCGCUCUCUCUCUCAGUAUUCUUAAGAUGUUUUCUGAUAAGAAGAGAGUGGAGACAGCGCUGGAGCAGUGUGGUCUGGUCACCAACAGGGUAAUCUAUCAAUCAAUCAAUCAAUCAACUAUCAAUCUAUAAUCAAUCACCUCCCUGUCAUAGUUAUCAAUAAAAUGAUUAUUGAUCCAUUUAUUCAUGUGGUUGGAAUAGUGUGGUCUGAUCAGGGUAAUCAAUAUAUUGAUCUAUAACCAAUAACCUCAUCUCUAACCUGUCUGGCACAGUUAUCAGUUAUCAAAUUCAUACAUAAUCCUCCAUUUAUGUCUAUCAGUGUCAUCAGUAAACACAGUGUAUGAUGAAGUUGCCCCUAGACGCUGAUCAGCAUAUGUGAACUGCUGAAAACAUUGCAAUGUCAGGUUCAAAGGUCGAAGUUCAAACCCGUUUCCUCUGUAAUAACGUGGUGUCCCUUAAGGCUUCCGCAUGCUUCCCAUCUGAAACAGUUGGGAACAGUUCGUGCAUAUACUGUAUUAUUACGACAUUUUGUGACUUUUUGGUUUUCGGCAAGGGUUUUCUCGGCUGUUCGUGCACACACCAUUUUUUCUCGAGGCAAGCCGAAGUUCGGAGCUGAAGUCUACACCCCUUCGUUGGUCAUUGGUCAACAGUAGGGAUUCUUUAAUGAAGUGUUUGUUGUCAUUCAACGAUAGACGACUCAUUUGCAUGCACAUUUUUUCACGUGAGAAAUACUGCACCAAACAUCGUAGUUGGAUGUAAAAUUGCAUGCGGAAGGUUUUAGUCAUAGACCUCUGUCCAUUUCUUCCUAUGAAAACACACACACGCAUACACAAACACACACACACACACACACAUCAGUACCAUGGCAACAUAGUGUGUUGCCCUGGUAACUGUUGUAUGUAGCUGGUCAUAGCAGGGCUGUGUGUGUUUAUUGUCCCAUUCUGCCCCCUGCUGAUACAAUAACAGAAGGGCUGGUAAACUGACUGUUAAGGCUUCUACACAUCUAUUCAUCUAAAGCCAACCCAACCAUCUACGGACAGUUGUUGGGAGAAUCUUGCUGGUGUAUAGCCGUAGCUUGACAUAGUUGUUCAAAGUUCUACCAGUUGGUGUUGGUGGGAAAACUACCCAACAGAUCAUCAAUAGUUAGUUCGCUGUAGUUGGAUAGAUGUGUAGAAGCCUUUCAACUGACACGUUAUCUCUUCUCUCGCUCUCUCUCCCUGCCUCCCUCUCUCCUUCUCCAUUCAUCCCUCCCUCCCUCUCUACAGGUAGAGGGCAUUAAGCCAGAUGAUUUUACAUGGGAGAUGUUCCAGAGCUUUCUACACAGUCUCUGUCUACGACCAGAGAUAGAACGCAUCUUCGUCGAGCUGUGAGUCACUCCCACACGCACAUGAACGCAUGAAUGUGCGCACAUACACACACACACACACACACACAAACAAACAAAAAAGCGCACACACACACCAAAAUUACCAAAAUAACAUGUUAUGAUACCAUCAUAAUAGAAUGUUGUGAUGCUAGACCGCACCAGAUUCAAAUCUCAACACUAUCCCCCCCCCAGUGGUUCUAAGGGAAAGCCGUUCCUCUCCUUGGAUCAGCUGACCGACUUUAUAAACCGUCGUCAGAGAGACUCUCGUCUCAACGAAGUCCUCUAUCCUCCUCUGAAGAGAGAACAGAUCAGACAACUGAUGGAGAAAUACGAGAGCAACGCUAGCCAGUUGGAGAGAGGUGACGGGGGGGAAAGAGAGAGUGUGUGUGGUUGUUGUGUGUAUAUUUGUUUGAACAGACAUGUUUGUGUUUAUUUUAGUGUUUGAUCACUCACUUCUCUUCCCACUUUCUCUCUCUCCCUCUCUCUCUCUUCACUCCUUCCCUCCUUUCUCUCUCGCCCUUUCUCUCUCUCUCCAGACCAGAUCAGUCUGAUGGGGUUCAGUAAAUAUCUUGGGGGAGAAGAGAAUACCAUCGUUCCACCAGAGAGACUGGACAUCAUAGAUGAUAUGAACCAGCCCCUGUCCCACUACUUUAUCAACUCUUCACACAACACAUACCUCACAGGUAGGUACACAGACACACACCCAGACACACACACAAAUGCAUCCAAACACGUCACAGGUACACACACACUGAGAUAUGCACACAGACAAGCCUCACAGCUACACAUGUAUGUACCUCACAGACACACACACACACACAGGUAGCCUAGCGGUUAAGAGCGUUGGGCCAGUAACUGAAAGGUCGCUGGUUUGAAUCCCCGAGCCGGCCAGAUGGAAAAAUCAAGCAAGGCAGUUAAUCCCCAACAACAACUGCUCCCCAGGCGCCGAUGACAUGGACGUUGAUUCAGGCAGCCCCCCGCACCUCUCUGAUUCAGAGGGGUUGGGUUAAAUGUGGAAGACACAUUUUGGUUGAACGCAUUCAGUUGUGCAACUGACUAGGUAUCCCCUUUCCCACAUUUAGAUACACCCACAUACACAUGCCACACAUACACACACAAUCAUACACUUGCCGUUCGCACACUCUUCUCACUCAUUCUUACCCCCCCCCACAGUUGGUCAGUUGACCGGUCUGUCGUCGGUAGAGAUGUAUCGCCAGGUGUUGCUGACCGGUUGUCGCUGUAUAGAGCUGGACUGUUGGAAAGGACGGCCGCAGGAUGAAGAACCAUACAUCACACAUGGCUUUACCAUGACCACCGAGAUACCCUUCAAGGUGUGUGAGUGUGGUGGGGGGGUCAGUAUGUGUGUGUACUUCUACACUGAACAAAAAUAUUAACGCAACAUGUAAAGUGUUGGUCCAAUGUUUCAUGAGCUGAAAUAAAAGAUCCCUGAAAUAUUCCAUAUGCACAAAAAGCUUAUUUCUCUCAAAUUUGGUGCACAAAUUUGUUUACAUCCCUGUUAGUGAGCAUUUCUCCUUUGCCAAGAUAAUCCAUCCACCUGGCAGGUGUGGCAUAUCAAUAAGCUGAUUUAACAACAUGAUCAUUACACAGGUGCACCUUCUGCUGGGGACAAUAAAAGGCCACUCUAAAAUGUGCCGUUUUUGUCACACAACACAAUGCCACAAAUGUCUCAAGUUUUGAAGGAGCGUGCAAUUGGCAUGCUGACUGCAGGAAUGUCCAACAGAGCUGUUGCCAGAUAAUUGAAUGUUCAUUUCUCUACCAUAAGCCUUCUCCAACAUUUUUUGGCAGUACGUCCAACAUCAUUUUUUGGCAGAAUUUGGCAGUACGUCCAACCGACCACACAACUGCAGACCACUUGUAUGGCGCCGUGUGGGCAAGUGGUUUGCUGAUGUCAAUGUUGUGAACAGAGUCCUAGAUGGUGGUGGUGGGGUUAUGGUAUAGGCAGGCAUAAGCUACAGACAAAGGAUGUCUGACCACCAUGAGGCAAAUGGUGGUCAGACCAGAUACUGACAGGUUUUCUGAUCCACGACCCUACCUUUUUUAAAAAAAGGUAUCUGUGACCAACAGAUGCAUACAAUGGGGAAAAAAAGUAUUUAGUCAGCCACCAAUUGUGCAAGUUCUCCCACUUAAAAAGAUGAGAGAGGCCUGUAAUUUUCAUCAUAGGUACACGUCAACUAUGACAGACAAAAUGAGAGAAUUUUUUUCUCCAGAAAAUCACAUUGUAGGAUUUUUUAUGAAUUUAUUUGCAAAUUAUGGUGGAAAAUAAGUAUUUGGUCAAUAACAAAAGUUUCUCAAUACUUUGUUAUAUACCCUUUGUUGGCAAUGACACAGGUCAAACGUUUUUCUGUAAGUCUUCACAAGGUUUUCACACACUGUUGCUGGUAUUUUGGCCCAUUCCUCCAUGCAGAUCUCCUCUAGAGCAGUGAUGUUUUGGGGCUGUCGCUGGGCAACACGGACUUUCAACUCCCUCCAAAGAUUUUCUAUGGGGUUGAGAUCUGGAGACUGGCUAGGCCACUCCAGGACCUUGAAAUGCUUCUUACGAAGCCACUCCUUCGUUGCCCGGGUGGUGUAUUUGGGAUCAUUGUCAUGCUGAAAGACCCAGCCACGUUUCAUCUUCAAUGCCCUUGUGAUGGAAGGAGGUUUUCACUCAAAAUCUCACGAUACAUGGCCCCAUUCAUUCUUUCCUUUACACGGAUCAGUCGUCCUGGUCCCUUUGCAGAAAAACAGCCCCAAAGCAUGAUGUUUCCACCCCCAUGCUUCACAGUAGGUAUGGUGUUCUUUGGAUGCAACUCAGCAUUCUUUGUCCUCAAAACACGACGAGUUGAGUUUUUACCAAAAAGUUCUAUUUUGGUUUCAUCUGACCAUAUGACAUUCUCCCAAUCCUCUUCUGGAUCAUCCAAAUGCACUCUAGCAAACUUCAGACGGGCCUGGACAUGUACUGGCUUAAGCAGGGGGACACGUCUGGCACUGCAGGAUUUGAGUCCCUGGCGGCGUAGUGUGUUACUGAUGGUAGGCUUUGUUACUUUGGUCCCAGCUCUCUGCAGGUCAUUCACUAGGUCCCCCCGUGUGGUUCUGGGAUUUUUGCUCACCGUUCUUGUGAUCAUUUUGACCCCACGGGUUGAGAUCUUGCGUGGAGCCCCAGAUCGAGGGAGAUUAUCAGUGGUCUUGUAUGUCUUCCAUUUCCUAAUAAUUGCUCCCGCAGUUGAUUUCUUCAAACCAAGCUGCUUACCUAUAUCAGAUUCAGUCUUCCCAGCCUUGUGCAGGUCUACAAUUUUGUUUCUGGUGUCCUUUGACAGCUCAUUGGUCUUGGCCAUAGUGGAGUUUGGAGUGUGACUGUUUGAGGUUGUGGACAGGUGUCUUUUAUACUGAUAACAAGUUCAAACAGGUGCCAUUAAUACAGGUAACGAGUGGAGGACAGAGGAGCCUCUUAAAGAAGAAGUUACAGGUCUGUGAGAGCCAGAAAUCUUGCUUGUUUGUAGGUGACCAAAUACUUAUUUUCCACCAUAAUUUGCAAAUAAAUUCAUUAAAAAUCCUACAAUGUGAUUUUCUGGAUUUUUUUUCCUCAAUUUGUCUGUCAUAGUUGACGUGUACCUAUGAUGAAAAUUACAGGCCUCUCAUCUUUUUAUGUGGGAGAACUUGCACAAUUGGUGGCUGACUAAAUACUUUUUUCCCCCACUGUAUCUGUAUUCCCAGUCAUGUGAAAUCCAUAGAUUAGGACCUAAUUAAUUUAUUUCAAUUGACUGAUUUCCUUAUAUGAAUUGUAAUUCAGUAAAAUCUUUGAAAUUGUUGCAUGUUGCGUUUAUGUUUUUGUUCAGUAUACAUCACACACAGCUUCACCACCCUUCAAGGUUCUAAACCACACAUAUUAUUGGAUGUGUCUGAAAUGGAAUUCUAUUCCCUAUGUAAUGGACUACUUUUGACCUCUCUCUCUCUUCUCUGUCUCUCUCCUAUAGGAGGUGAUUGAAGCGAUAGCAGAAAGUGCGUUUAAGACCUCUCCCUAUCCCGUAAUCCUCUCCUUCGAAAACCAUGUUGACUCGUGAGUGAUCAUUCUGGGUAGUGAUAAGGAGAAUGGCUCAAAAAAACAAAAACAAAAAAACAUUCUCUCUUAUUCCGUUCAUUUGUUUUUUUUCUCUCUCUCUCGUUCCCCCGCUCAUACCAUCCCUCUCUCAGGGCGAAGCAGCAGGCCAAGAUGGCGGAGUAUUGUCGGACUAUCUUUGGCGACGCCCUCCUCAUCGACCCUCUAGAGAAAUACCCGGUAGGCCUGGUUAGGGGUUAGAGGUCAGGGGUUAGGGUUAGGGGUUAGAUGUUGGGGUGAUUCUUAAGGGCGGGACAUACCAUAACAGAUGUCAACGUUGUGCGGUAGAUCACCUGUUGGGUGGAAUGAAACAGAAAAUGACAGCGGAUGUUCUGUGGUCAGAGGUGAUAGGACUGCCAGCUGCUGCGCAUGACCAACGUUCAUUAUUGUGUAAAGAAAGUGUAUCCUAACGCGCUUCAGCCCAGCUUAAACAAAAAAGGGGAAUCAGGUGCUCGACUGAGGUACUUGAAAAUCCCCAAAACAUUCCUUACCCCCAUGAUACUUCAAAAAAGGAAGAAAAAGGAAGAAAAAAGAGCACUCUGUUUCUGCAUAGAACUGAUACGUUUAUUCACGGGACAUACAAACAGGCUUAUGUUUCGGCAUAAUGGGACAAUAAUCGCCUUUAUCAGAGCCUCUCAGUAAUAAACAUCAUUAUGUGAGGCUCUGAUGAAGUGUUCUGGGGUAAGGAAUGUUUUUUGGGUCAUUAUGGUGUGUCCUAUCCUUUAGGACAGGGUUCCCGAACUGGUGGUCUGCGGACCGAAUUUGUGGUUUUAUUUGGCCCCCCAAAUUUUCUGAACAAUAUUUGUUUUUAUUGUUGGAAGUAAUUUUAACAUUUUUAAAUUGAACCUUUAUUUAACCAGGUAAGACCCAUUGAGGUUAAAAACCUAUUUUGCGAGGGCGACCUGGCAAGAAGGAAAAGCAGGGAAAUAGCAGCGUUAAGCAGGUAAAUAGCAGCGGCAAAACAGGGAAAUAGCACCAGAAAAUCAGUUUCAAGUUAUUGAAAUUUUUGAAAUCUGUUCCCAAGUAUUCCCACGCAUAAUAGAGAGACACGUGAUCGUAAACAAAUGUAAGCAAGAUUUGAAAUGAUUAUGUUUUAGUCAAAUAUUAUAUCUGUUUGGGCUUCUUGUGGUUAAUUUGCAGUGUACUAAUUAUUUUUGAUUAUGUUCUGGCCCCCACGACCAGCCGCUCAAGAUAAAAUCGGCCCGCGGCUGAAUCUAGUUGAUGAUCCCUGCUUUAGGAGCUGGUUCUAGAUCAUCCCUUAAACCUUUUUACUAAUGUAUUAUAUGUAUUAUUAUUCCUAUAGCUGAUCCCAGCGCUGCUCUUACUGUCUCCUCAGAAGCUGACUCCAGAUCAGCCCUUACAAUAACUGUAUUAACAUAUUAUAUUUUGUCCCCUCUAACAGCUGAUCCCUGCGCAGCCCUUACCCUCGCCCCAGGAGCUGCUGGGUAAGAUUCUGAUUAAGAACAAGAAGAAGCACCACCACCGAGCGUCCAGCGGGGGCAGCAUGAGGAGGAGGACAGGAGAAAUAGACGCUCUGGAGCAGGCUUCACCUGUUAACGGUAUAUACAAUAUAUACAUUGCAUUCGGAAAGUAUUCAGACCCCUUUACUUUUUCCACAUUUUGUUACGUUACAGCCUUAUUCUAAAAUGGAUUAAAUUGUUGUUGUUUUUCAUCAAUCUACACACAAUACCCCAUAAUGACAAAGUAAAAACAGAUAUUUUUGCAAAUGUAUUAAUAAUAAAACCCGGAAAUAUCACAUACAUUUACAUAAGUAUUCAGACCCUUUACUCAGUACUUUGUUGAAGCACCUUCGGCAGCGUUUACAGCCUCAAGUCUUCUUGGGUAUGAAGCUACACGCUUGGCACACCUGUAUUUGGGGAGUUUCUUCCAUUCUUCUCUGCAGAUCCUCUCAAGCUGUGUCAGGUUGGAUGGGGAGUGUCGCUACACAGCUAUUUUCAGGUAUCUCCAGAGAUGUUUGAUCGGGUUCAAGUCCGGGCUUGACAUUGAGGCUUGUCCCGAAGCCACUCCUGCAUUGUCUUGGCUGUGUGUUUCCUGUUCGAAGGUGAACCUUCGCCCCCAGUCUGAGGUCCUGAUCGCUCUGAAGCAGCUUUUCAUCAAGGAUCUCUCUUUACUUUUUUCUUCUUUCCCUCGAUCCUGACUAGUCUCCCAGUCCCUGCUGCUGAAAAACAUCCCCACAGCAUGAUGCUGCCACAACCAUGCUUCGCUGUAGGGAUGGUGCCAGGUUUCCUCCAGACGUGACGCUUGGCAUUCAGGCCAAAGAGUUCAAUCUUGGUUUCAUCAGACCAGAGAAUCAUGUUUCUCAUGGUCUGAGAGUCUUUAAGUGCCUUUUGGCAAAAUCCAAGCGGGCUGUCAUGUGCCUUUUACUGAGGACUGGCUUCAGUCUGGCCACUCUACCAUAAAGGCCUGAUUGGUGGAGUGCUGCAGAGAUGGUUGUCCUUCUCCCAUCUCCACAGAGGAACUCUGGAGCUCUGUCAGAGUGACCAUCGGGUUCUUGGUCACCUCCCUUAAUAAGGCCCUUCUCCCCCGAUUGUUCAGUUUGGCCGGGCGGCCAGCUCUAGGAAGAGUCUUGGUGGUUUCAAACGUCUUCCAUUUAAGAAUGAUGGAGGCCACUGUGUUCUUGGGGACUUUCAAUGCUGCAGAAUUUUUUUGGUAACCUUUCCCAGAUCUGUGCCUCGACACAAUCCUGUCUCUGAGCUCUACGGACAAUUGCUUUUGCUCUGACAUGCACUGUCAACUGUGGGACCUUAUAUAUGCCAAAACUAUAGUUUAUUAACAAGAAAUUUGUGGAGUGGUCGGAGUCAUUAAAACUUGUUUUUCAACCACUCCACAAAUUUCUUGUUAACAAACUAUAAUUUUGGCAUUUAUAAGGUCCCACAGUUGACAGUGCAUGUCAGAGCAAAAGCAAUUGUCCGUAGAGCUCAGAGACAGGAUUGUGUCGAGGCACAGAUCUGGGAAAGGUUACCAAAAAAAUUCUACUUUGUGCAUGACACAAGUCAUUUUUCCAAAAAUUGUUUACAGACUGUUUCACUUAUAAUUCACUGUAUCACAAUUCCAGUGGGUCAGACGUUUACAUACACUAAGUUGACUGUGCCUUUAAACAUCUUGGAAAAUUCCAGAAAAUGAUGUCAUUGCUUUAGAAGCUUCUGAUAGGCUAAUUGACAUCAUUUGAGUCAAUUGGAGGUGUACCUGUGGAUGUAUUUCAAGGCAUACCUUUGCUUGAAAAUAAAAAGAAAUCAGCCAAGACCUCAGAAAAAAAUUGUAGACCUCCACAAGUCUGGUUCAUCCUUGGGAGCAAUUUCCAAAAGCCUGAAGGUACCACGUUCAUCUGUACAAACAAUAGUACGCAAGUAUAAACACCAUGGGACCACGCAGCCGUCAUACUGCUCAGGAAGGAGACGCGUUCUGUCUCCUAGAGAUGAACGUACUUUGGUGCGAAAAGUGCAAAUCAAUCCCAGAACAACAGCAAAGGACCUUGUGAAGAUGCUGGAGGGAACAGGUACAAAAGUAUCUAUAUCCACAGUAAAACAAGUCCUAUAUCGACAUAACCUGAAAGGCCGCUCAGCAAGGAAGAAGCCACUGCUCCAAAACCGCCAUAAAAAAAGCAAGACUACAGUUUGCAACUGCACAUGGGGAUAAAGAUCGUACUUUUUGGAGAAAUGUCCUCUGGUCUGAUGAAACAAAAAUAGAACUGUUUGGCCGUAAUGACCAUCGUGAUGUUUGGAGGAAAAAGGGGGAGCUUGCAAGCCGAAGAACAACAUCCCAACCGUGAAGCACGGGGGUGGCAGCAUCAUGCUGUGGGGGUGCUUUGCUGCAGGAGGGACUGGUGCACUUCACAAAAUAUAUGGCAUCAUGAGGAAGGAAAAUGAUGUGGAUAUAUUGAAGCAAAACAUCAGUCAGGAAGUUCAAGCUUGGUCGCAAAUGGGUCUUCCAAAUGGACAAUGACCCCAAGCAUACUUCCAAAGUUGUGGCAAAAUGGCUUAAGGACAACGAAGUCAAGGUAUUGGAGUGGCCAUCACAAAGCCCUGCUUUGAAAGGCUGGUCAUGGCUCACAUCAACACCAUUAUCUCCGAAACCCUAGACCCACUCCAAUUUGCAUACCGCUCCAACAGAUCCACAGAUGAUGCAAUCUCUAUUGCACUCCACACUGCCCUUUCCCACCUGGACAAGAGGAACACCUACGUCAGAAUGCUAUUCAUUGACUACAGCUCAGCAUUCAACACCAUAGUGCCCUCAAAGCUCAUCACUAAGCUAAGGAUCCUGGGACUAAACAUCUCCUCUGCAACUGGAUCCUGGACUUCCUGACGGGCCGCCCCCAGGUGGUAAGGGUAGGUAACAACACAUCUGCCACACUGAUCCUCAACACGAGGGCCCCUAAGGGGUGCAUGCUCAGUCCCCUCCUGUACUCCCUGUUCACCCAUGACUGCAUGGCCAGGCACGACUCCAACACCAUCAUUAAGUUUGCCGACGACACAACAGUGGUAGGCCUGAUCACCGACAACGAUGAGACAGCCUAUAGGGAGGAGGUCAGAGACCUGGCCGUGUGGUGCCAGGAUAACAACCUCUCCCUCAACGUGACCAAGACAAAGGAGAUGAUUGUGGACUACAGGAAAAAAAAGAGGACUGAGCACGCCCCCAUUCUCAUCGACGGGGCUGUAGUGGAACAGGUUGAGAGCUUCAAGAUCCUUGGUGUCCACAUCACCAACUAACUAUCAUGGUCCAAACACACCAAGACAGUCGUGAAGAGGGCACGACAAAGCCUAUUCCCCCUCAGGAGACUGAAAACAUUUGGCAUGGGUCCUCAGAUCCUCAAAAAAUUCUACAGCUGCACCAUCGAGAGCAUCCUGACUGGUUGCAUCACCGCCUGGUAUGGCAACUGCUUGGCCUCCGACCGCAAGGCACUACAGAGGGUAGUGCUUACGGCCCAGUACAUCACUGGGGCCAAGCUUCCUGCCAUCCAGGACCUCUAUACCAGGCAGUGUCAGAGGAAGGCCCUCAAAAUUGUCAAAGACUCCAGCCACCCUAGUCAUAGACUGUUCUCUCUGCUACCGCACGGCAAGCGGUACCGGAGUGCCAAGUCUAGGUCCAAAAGACUUCUCAACAGCUUCUACCCCCAAGCCAUAAGACUCCUGAACAGCUAAUCAUGGCUACCCGGACUAUUUGCACUGCCCCCCCACCCCCACCCCCCACCCCAUCUUAUUACGCUGCUGCUACUCUGUUAAUUAUUUAUGCAUAGUCACUAACUCUACCCACAUGUACAUAUUACUUCAACUACCUCAACUAGCCGGUGCCCCCGUACAUUGACUCUGCACCGGUAUAUAUAGUCUCCCUACUGUUAUUUUAUUUUAAUUCUGCUCUUUUUUUUCUCAACACUUUUUUGUUGUUGUUUUAUUUUACUUUUUGAUUAAAAAUAAAUGCACUGUUGGUUAAGGGCUGUAAGUAAGCAUAUCACUGUAAUGUCUGCACCUGUUGUAUUCGGCGCAUGUGGCUAAUACAAUUUGAUUUGAUUUGAUUUGACCUCAAUCCUAUAGAAGAUUUUUGGGGAGAACUGAAAAAGCGUGUGCGAGCUAGGAGGCCCUUUAAACCUGACUCAGUUACACCAGCACUGUCAGGAGGAAUGGGCCAAAAUUCACCCAACUUAUUGUGGGAAGCUUGUGGAAGGCUACCCAAAACGUUUGACCCAAGUUAAACAAUUUAAAGGCAAUGCUACCAAAUUCUAAUUGAGAGUAUGUAAACUUCUGACCCACUGGGAAUGUGAUGAAAGAAAUAAAAGCUGAAAGAAAUAAUUCUCUCUACUAUUAUUCUGACAUUUCACAUUCUUAAAAACUCUCACACAAAACCCACACACAUUCACAUACGCUACAUACACACACACAUAACACAGAAACGCAUACCGACACAACACAGACACACAUACAAACACAUGCACACAUACACACUUUAACGCUCAACAUAUGCUGCUGCUACUCUAUUCUUUAUUUUACUCUUAUUAUUAUCUAUCCUGAUGCCUAGUCACUUUACCCUGCCUUCAUGGACAAACAGUGAGCUCCAAGUGUAUUGGGACAGUGACACGUUUUGUUGUUUUGGCUCUCUACUCCAGCACUUUGGAUUUGAAAUGAUACAAUGACUAUGAGGUUAAAGUGCAGACUGUUUUAGGGGACCUAAAUAUUGGGACAGAUUCACUAAUAUGUUUAUUAAUGUAGUCUAAAGUUUAGUAUUUGGUCCCAUAUUCCUAGCACACAUUGAUUACGUCAAGCUUGUGACUGUGUUGUGUCGGUAUGCGUGUGUAUGUUAUGUGUGUGCGUACUAUACUCAAACAAACUGGUUGGAUGCAUUUGUCGUUUGUUUUGGUUGUGUUUCAGAUUAUUUUGUUCCUAAUAGAAAUUAAUGGUAAAUAAUGUAUUGUGUCAUUUUGGAGUCACAUUUAUUGUAAAUAAGAAUAUACUAUGUUUCUAAACACUUCUACAUUAAUGUGGAUGCUACCAUGAUUACGGAUAGUCCUGAAUGAAUUAUGAAUAAUGAUGAGUAAGAAAGUUACAGUUGCACAAAUAUAUUAUAUUCUUAUUUACAAUAAGAAUUACUCCAAAAUGAUACAAUACACUAUUUACCAUUGAUUAACAAACACAACCAAAACAAACAGCAAAUGCAUCCAACAAGUUUGUAGAGUCACAAGCUUGAUGUAGUCAUUGCGUGCAAGGAAUAUGGGACAAAAUACUAAACUUUUGACUACUUUAAUACACAUAUAAGUGAAUUUGUCCCAAUACUUUUGGUCCCCUAAAAUGGGGGGACUGUACAAAAAGUGCUGUAAUUUAUAAACGGUUCACACGAUAUGGAUGAAAAUACCCUCAAAUUACAGCUGACAGUCUGCACUUCAACCUCAUAGUCAUUGUAUAAUUUGAAAUCCAAACUGCUGGAGUCAGAGCCAAAACAACAACAAAAUGUGUCACUGUUCCAAUACUUUUGGAGUUCACUGUAUCUACAUCGAAUACCUUGCUCUGGUACUGGUACUCCCUGUAUAUAGCUCCAUUCUUGUGUAUUUUAUUCCUCUUGUGUUACUACUUUUCUUUUUAUUAUUAUUUGCAUCGUUGAAGGGCUCGUAAGCGAGCAUUUCACGUUUAAGUCUACAUCCGUUGUAUUCGGCACAUGUGACAAAUACAAUUUUAUUUUGAUUAGACACACACACACACAUUGCCAAAGCUAUUCUGUUUUGAAUGUGUGCUAUAUUACUUUUCCUGUUCUAUAUAAUAUAAUGACAAGCGUGUGCAUGUGUUUGUGUGUGCACUUACAGAGGACCUACUGUAUCAUCCUAUCAUCCUUUCAUUCCUUCCUCUACCUUCUCUUCCUCUGUAUCUGCUGCUAAAGCCACUUUCUACCACUCUAAAUUUCAACUUCUGCCUCUAACCAUAGGAAACUAUUUUCCACCUUCUCCUCCCUCCUUAAUCCUCCACCCCCUCCCACCACCUCCUCCCUCUCUGCGGACGACUUUGUCAACCACUUUGAAAAAAAGGUUGACGACAUCCGCUACUCAUUCACUCAGCCUAUUGAGUCCCUUGGUCUCACUCACACCGAACUACCCCACACCUUGACCUCGCUCCAGAUGAAAUCCUGCGACUAGUGAGGUCUGGCCGCCCGACAACCUGCCCGCUCGACCCCAUCCCCUCCUCCCUUCUCCAGACCAUCUCUGGAGACCUUCUCUCAUUCCUCACCUCCCUCAUCAACUCAUCCCUGACCACUGGCUGCGUCCCCUCUGACUUCAAAAUGGCCUGAGUCGCUCCCCUCCUCAAGAAACAAACAUUCGACUCAUCUGAUGCCAAAAACUAUAGACCUGUAUCCCUUCUUUCUUUUCUUUCCAAAACACUUGAGCAUGCUGUCUCUGAUUAACUUUCUCCUUAUCUCUCUCAGAACGAUCUUCUUAACCCUAACCAGUCAGGCUUCAAGACGGGCCACUCAACCGAGACUGCUCAUCUCUGUGUCAUGAAGGCUGUCCACACUGCCAAAGCUGACUCUCUCCUCUGUUCUCAUCUUCCUAGAUCUAUCCGCUGCCUUCGACACCGUGAACCAUCAGAUCCUCUUCUCCAUUCUCUCAGGUCUGUUAGUCUCAGGCUCUGCACACUCUUGGAUUGCAUCCUACCUGGCAGGCCGCUCCUACCAGGUGACGUGGAGAGGAUUUGUGUCUGCACCACGUACUCUCACGACUGGUGUCCCCCAGGGCUCGGUUCUAGACCCUCUCCUCUUCUCUCUAUACACCAAGUCACUCGGCUCCGUCAUAUCCUCACAUAGUCUCUCCUAUCGUUGCUAUGCGGAUAACACUCAACUACUUUUCUCCUUCCCCCCUUCUCAAAUCAAAUCAAAUCAAAUUGUAUUUGUCACAUACACGUGUUUAGCAGAUGUUAUUGCAGGUGUAGCGAAAUGCUUGUGCUUCUAGCUCCGACAGUGCAGUAAUAUCUAACAAGUAAUAUCUAACAAUUUCUGACACUCAGGUGGCGACAUGCAUCUCUGUGUGCCUGGCAGAUAUCUCAACUUGGAUGUCGCCCCACCACCUCAAGCUCAACCUCGACAAGAUGGCGGUGCUCUUCCUCCGUCACAGAAGGCCUGUCACAGUUGACAACUCCACAGUGUCACCCUCCCAGAGUGCAAAGAACCUUGGCGUGACCCUGUCGUUCUCUGCAAACAUCAAAGCAGUGACUCGCUCCUCUCCAACAUCCGUAGGGUAUGACCAUACCUCACACAGGAAGCAGCGCAGGUCCUAAUCCAGGCACUUGUCCUCUCCCGUCUGGAGUACUGCUACUUGCUGUUGGCUGGGCACCCUGCUUGUGUCAUCAAACCCCUGCAACUUAUUCAGAACGCUGCAUCCCGCCUGGUUUCAACCUUCCCAAGUUUUCUCACGUCACCCCUCUCCUCCGCACACUCCACUGGCUUCCAGUCGAAGCUCACAUCCACUACAAAACCAUGGUUCUUACCUACAGAACAGCAAGAGGAACUGCCCCUCCCUACCUUCAGGCUAUGCUUUAACCCUACACCCCAACCCUCAGGUCUCUUGGCCCACCCACCCCUAGCUCCCGCUCAGCCCAGUCCAAGCUCUUCUCUGUCCUGGCACCCCAAUGGUGGAACCAGCUUCCCCCUGAAGCUAGGGCAGUAGAGUCUCUGUCCAUCUUCCGAAAACAUCUGAAACCCUACCUCUUCAAAUAGUAUCUUCAAAAAUCCUCCUCCUCACCUCUGACUAUAAUGAUAGCUACUUUAUUGAGGAAAAAUGUACUUUCUAUGCCUGUGAUAUGUGGUUAUCCCACCUAGCUAUCUUAAGAUGAAUGCACUAAAUGUCUGCUAAAUUAUUCAAAUGUGUGUGUGUGUGUGUGUGUGUGUGUGUGUGUGUGUGUGUGUGUGUGUGUGUGUGUGUGUGUGUGUGUGUGUGUGUGUGUGUGUGUGUGUGUGUGUGUGUGUGUAGACUACCCAUUCAGUGACAGCGAGGGGGGCCAGCUGCUGUCCAAUGGGGAAGAGAAGCUGGCAGAGAGUCUGGUCAAAGACGGAGAUCCUCGCAAGUCAAUUGGUCAGUUCACAUCUUGAAUGAAGAACAUGCUGGGGAGGGAGGGAGGGAUGGAGAGAGGAAGGGAAGAGAGAAGGAUGGAUUGGUGAAUGGAUGGAGGACAUUGGUAACAUUUGUGUGUGUGUGUGUGUGUAUGUUUUCUAGGAGGGGAGGGAGAGAGUGAUGAGGAGGAGGAAGAUGAACCUGUGGCUGAACUGAAGAAACCAAACUCUGAUGAGGUGAGACCUCUAUUUAUUGAUUGAUUGAUUUAUUGACCUUCAUUGAUCCCCAGAGGGUUCUAUCUACGUGGGUCAGCCCAUUGAUAGAAUUAACACAUAUAAUGAUUCUCUCUCUUUCUCUCUCCGUCUCUCUCUCUCUGUCUCAGGGUACUGCCAGUAGUGAGGUGAAUGCGACAGAGGAGAUGUCUACUCUUGUCAACUACAUAGAACCUGUCAAGUUCAAGAGCUUUGAGGUCGCAAACAGUGAGUGUGUGUGUCUGAUGAAAGCAAGUAAGGUGUGUGUGUGUGUGUCAAUGAUGUGCAUCAUUGGUGUGUGUGCGUUUGUGUGUGUGAGUGAGCGGUUAGUUGUCGUUAGGCCUAAUCACCCCUCUCAAGUAGUGCAUUAGGCUAGCUAAAUUACUAAUUCAUAGUUAAUUAUUAGCCAAGAGACACACACACACACACACACUGACACAUUGAUUGAUUUGAACUGAUUUUUAUAUAUUCUCUCUCUCUCUCACAGAGAGGAAUAAGUAUUUUGAGAUGUCAUCGUUCGUGGAGACCAAGGGUAUGGACACACUGAAGAGUGCACCUAUCGAGUUUGUUGAGUACAAUAAGAAGCAGCUGAGUCGUAUCUAUCCUAAGGGGACAAGAGUAGACAGUUCGAACUACAUGCCCCAACUCUUCUGGAACGUAGGCUGUCAGAUGGUGGCUCUAAACUUCCAGACACUCGGUAAGUCGACCUUUCUUUCUUAUACCUGAACUCUUCUUAUCUUCUCAUACCUUUCUCUUUCCUUCUGUUCAGUCUUCUGUCCCCCUGCUUCACUUAUUUCCAUGACUGACAAUCUCCCUCUAUCUCCCCCCUCUCUCUCAGACCUGCCCAUGCAGUUGAACAUGGGUGUGUUUGAGUAUAAUGGACACAGUGGCUACCUGCUCAAACCAGAGUUUAUGAGAAGGACAGAUAAACACUUUGACCCCUUCACUGAGAACAUUGUGGACGGCAUCGUAGCCAACACCGUCAAGAUCAGGGUAAGUGGGUGUGUGGGGGGGGGGGGGGGGGGGGGGGUACGUGUGUGUGUUUAUGUAUGUGUCUGUAACCAUCUCCUUCUCUCCAUCCGUCCAUCUCCAGGUGAUCUCGGGACAGUUCCUGACCGAUAAGAAAGUGGGCGUGUACGUGGAAGUGGACAUAUUUGGACUUCCUGCUGACACAAAGAGGAAGUACCGUACCAGAACGUCCAAUGGUAACAGCCUGGACCCGGUCUGGGAUGAUGAGACUUUUGUCUUCAACAAGGUAACAUUAAUACAGGCUGAAGACACACACACACCAUAUCGAUACACACACUCACACAGUGUACAAAACGUUAGGAACACCUGCUCUUUCCAUGACAUAGACAGACCAGGUGAAUGUACUGUACAUAUUACCUCAAUCAAUCACCCCAACUACCUCGUACCCCAGUACACUGACUCGGUACCUCCCGAGUGGCGCAGUGGUCUAAGGCACUGCAUCGCAGUGCUAGCUGUGCCACUAGAGAUCCUGGUUCGAAUCCAGGCUCUGUCGUAGCUGGCCGUGACCGGAAGACCAAUGGGGCGGCGCACAAUUGGCCUAGCGUCGUCUAGGGUAGGGGAGGGAAUGGCCGGCAGGGAUGUAGCUCAGUUGGUAGAGCAUGGCGUUUGCAACGCCAGGGUUGUGGGUUCGAUUCCCACGGGGGUAUGAAAAAAAAUAAUGUAAGUCGCUCUGGAUAAGAGCGUCUGCUAAAUGAUGUAAAUAAGCCUCGUUAUUUUAUUGUGAUACUAUUUUCUUUUUAACUUUUUGUUAUUUUUCUUAUUUUUGACUACAUUGUUGGGAAAGGGCUCGUAAGUAAGCAUUUCACGGUAAAGUCUACACUUGUAUUCGGCGUAUGUGACAAAUAACAUUUGAUUUGAAUUGAGAUAUGGAUUGGGUAUGUGUGACAUUCAGAGGGUGAAUGGGUAAGACAACUUGACACAACUGUGGGAAGCAUUGUAUUCAACAUGGGCCAGCAUCCCUGUGGAACGCUUUCGACACUUUGUAGAGUCCAUGCCACUACGAAUUGAGGCUGUUCUGAGGGUAAAAGGAGGUGCCACGCAAUAUUAGGAAGGUGUUCCUAAUGUUUCGUACACUCAGUGUAUAUCAAUAUACACACAUAACGAUACACACAUACACAAGGUAACAACUCAUUCUGUGUGUAGGUGGUCCUGCCCACCCUGGCCUCUCUGAGGAUAGCGGUGUUUGAGGAGAACGGGAAGUUCCUCGGACAUCGGAUCUGCCCUGUGUCAACAAUCCGACCGGGUCAGUACUGUGUUUGUCUGCCUGGCUAUGUGUGUGUGUGCGGAUCUUUUGGAUCUUGUCUCGUGCAAUCUGUUCUCUCAAUGCUGUCAUCUUGUGUGUGUGUGUUUGUGUAGGUUACCACUACAUCAGUCUGAAGAAUGAGAUGAACCAGCCUCUGUUGCUGCCCUCUCUAUUGGUCUACACCGAGGCUCAAGACUACAUUCCUAAUGAACACCAGGGUAAGAAACUACACUACCCAUAACCUCAUAGGACUACACUACCCAUAAUCCCCUAGCACUACACUACUCAUAACCCCCUGGGACUAUAAUACCCAUAACCCCUAGGACUACACUACCAUAAUCCCAUAGGACUACAAUACCCAUAAUCCCCCAGCACUACAUUACCCAUAAUCCCCGAGCACCACAAUACCCAUAAUCCUUUAGGACUACACUAUCCAUAACCCCUUAGGACUACACUACCCAUAACCCCUAGGACUACACUACCCAUAACCCUCUAGACUACAUCCCUAACAAACACCAGGGUGGCCUCCCGAGUGGCGCAGUGGUCUGCGAUGCAGUGCUAGCUGUGCCACUAGAGAUCCUGGUUCGAAUCCAGGCUACGACCGGGAGACCCAUGGGGCGGCGCAUAAUUGGCCCUGUGUCGUCCAGGGUAGGGGAGGGAAUGGCCGGCAGGGAUGUAGCUCAGUUGGUGGAGCGUGGCGUUUGCCAGGGUUGUGGGUUCAAUUCCCACGGGGGGCCAGUAUGAAAAAUCAAAUAAUGUAUGCACUCACUAACUGUAAGUCGCUCUGGAUAAGAGUGUCUGCUAAAAUGUAAUGUGGCGUUCAUGACCUGAGUUAUCAGAAUUUCCAACUAAGAAAACCUGUUCCCUUCCAUGUCGUCAUAACAAAUCAGAAACUGGGGUAUCAUCUGUCUACCUUGAGUUUACAGACAUGCUGAACUCUGAUGUCACCUACUAAGAAAAUGACUUUGAUGACAGCAUUUUUCUGCAGUUAAAUCCAAGAACAACAAACAUUACUAAGUAUGUGUACUAGGUUUUGGCACAUUGCUCAUUUUUGUGUUGUGUGUUUAUGUUAGAGUAUGCUGAGGCCUUGACCAACCCCAUCAAACAUGUGAGUCUCUUGGACCAGAGAGAGAGACAGCUAGCUGCUCUGAUGGAGGACAACGGCGAGGUGAGGAGACCACACACACACACACACACACACACACACACACACAUGUUAUGUUCUUCUAUCCUAAUGGGGACUUAUUUUACCUAACCCCUAACCCUAACCCUAAACCUUACCAUAACUCUAACUGUAACCCUAACCUAAACCUAACCACUAACCCCUUAUCCUAAUUCUAACCCUAAUUGUAACCCUAACCCUAAAUCUAACCCCUAAGCUUAAAAUAGCCUUUGUCCUCAUGGAGACGUGGGAAAUGUCCCCACGAGGGCCAAUUUUCCUUGUUUUACUAUCCUUGUGGGGACUUUGGGGGAUUUUAGGUCCCCACAAGGAUAGAAGAACCAACCUACACACACACACACACACACAUACACAUCACAUGAUAUGGGGGCUACACUGAGGCGUGGUGAAAACAGUAGGGUUUUAUCUGCUACACCAGACAAGUGUUCUUGAGUGUGAUCCGUGCAUCGAAUUUUUGAAAAUAGAACAAGAGUGUAAUUUCCUUGUGGAGCCACGCUGCUUACUACGCCCAGGUUUCAUUGAAAUGAGUGGGAUGCCUCGCAAUCUGCAAAUGUUACACAUCCAAUGUAGCAGGCCUGUGAGACUGAUGUCAAAAUUGUGAAUUGAAGAUUUACAAGUUAAGAAUCAUCAACCUUCUCUCCGCUGUGUGUAGCGUGUGUUGGAGCAGCCGAAGGAGGGAGAGAGGGAUCGGAAGGGCGACGCCCCCCUGGGGAAGAUCCCCUCCCCCCUCCACCCCGUCCCCGCCCCCAUUGAUGACAUCAGCGACCUCAUCAGCUCACCUGGACCAGGUAGGUCACACUGUAACAAACACACACACACAUCGUUGUUUGGUGUAUUAUAGAGGAGGCUGGUGAGUGGAGAUAUUGGGAGGAUGGAAAGGUAUCAAACGCAUGAUUUGCAUAUGCGGAGGACAUCGAUCCAUUUAUUCUAUUCCAGACCUUAUACUAAGCCCGUCCUCAUACACUACCGUUCAAAAGUUUGGGGUCACUUAGAAAUGUCAUCUAAUUGAUCAGAAAUACAGUGUAGACAUUGUUAAUGUUGUAAAUGGCUAUUGUUGCUGGAAACGGCUGUUUUUUAAAUGGAAUAUCUACAUAGGCGUACAGAGGCCCAUUAUCAGCAACCAUCAGUCCUGUGUUCCAAUGGCACGUUGUGUUUGCUAAUCCAAGUUUAUCAUUUUAAAAGGCUAAUUGAUCAUUAGAGAACCCUUUUGCAAUUAUGUUAGCACAGCUGAAAACUGGCCUUCUUGAGACUAGUUGAGUAUCUGGAGCAGUUAUCGUGUGUAGGCUUAACCAGAUGCUCUAUUCUCACAAGAACCUGGGCGAGCUAUUGGCCACGUUCCAGGCUGACUACACUGCAGAUGCAGAUCUCAGCAUGUCUGCAGUGUAGUCAGCCUGGAGUGCAACCAUUAUGUGAGUAUCAUUGCUGAGUUCUGAAGUGAAAACAUCACAUCUACAUUUCAACCUGUCCUGUCCUGUUCCUGUCUCCAUGUUUCAGGCCAGAAAGAGGAUCUUAUUGCUACAGUCCUGGCAAGUAAGUCAUCUCCAUUCCACCCAUCCACAUUACAUUACACCACAGAACUCAUUAUCACCCUCAUGUGGUGGGAGGCCAAACCAGUUAGAUCAUUUCUCUGUUUCCACUCCCUUUCUCUCUCGCUUUCUCUCUCUCCCCUAUCGCUCUCUCGCCCUCUCUUUCGCCCUCGCUCUCUCAGAUCUCCAGGCUCAGUCUAUAGAAGAGUUGAAACAGCAGAAGUCGUAUCUGAAGCUUUUGAAGAAACAGUGCAAAGAACUCAAGGAGCUCCGCAAGAAACACCUCAAGAAGGUUAGACUGACACACACACACACACACACACACAGCUUAUCCAUCUUUCUGCGAAAUUAGAAAUACUAACUUGUAAAGAUGUUAUCAAUAAACCACAGUGAAAUGUUUUAUAGACAGCUUCAAUCCAUUACGAAUACUGCUGUUUGUGAUUGCAUCUAUUUGACAUGUGUUCUCUGUGUGUGUGUGCGUGCUUGUGCGUGCAUAUGUGUGUGUGUGUGUGUGUGUGUGUGUGUGUGUGUAUUAACAGGUUUGGACCCUGAGUAAAGAGCAGAGGAGUCGCUGCAACCAGCUCUGCUCCGACACACAGAGACGACGCAGUCAGAUGGAGAAACACCUCAAACGCAGCAUGAAGAAAAAGUAAGAGAGGGAGGGAUGGGGAUGGGGGAUGGGGGAUGGGGGGGGGGGGGGGGGGUGAUGAAUAGGAGAAAGACAUUCCAAAUCAACCACUUGCCCCUUACACAGGAAAGGGGGAGAGACACAGUGGGGAAUAUUUGUGUGUAUUAAUGUGUUUGUAUGUAUCUGACAAUAUAUUUGUUUGUUUGUGUGUGUCAGUGAGCCAGCAGAGCCGGUGCAGAGGCAGUUGACAGCGUUGGAGAUGGAGUUACAGAAACAGACGGUGCAGCUGAGAGAGUGGCAGAUGCAGGAGCUCCUAAAACUACGUCAACAACAACAUACACUGGAGAGAGAGAAGAAACACACACACCUACGAGAGGUACACGCACACACACACACACACACACGCACACACACACACACACACACACACACACACACUAAUCACACACACUCUCACCCCUCCUGCUGUGUGUUCCAGGCGUUUCAGAAAAUAAAGGAGACAUCCCAGGAAUGUCAGACGGCUCAGCUCAAAAAACUUAAGGAGAUCUGUGAGAGGUAAGAUACUGUUUAACGCUUUAUAACUACUGGAUUACUCCCAAUAUAUACUGAACAAAAAUAUAAACGCAACAUGUAAAGUGUUGGUCCCAUGUUUCAUGAGCUGAAAUAAAAGAUCCCAGAAAUGUUCCAAAUGCACAAAAAGCUUAUUUCUCUCAAAUUUUGUGUGCAAAUUUGUUUACAUCCCUGUUAGUGAGCGUUUCUCAUUGGCCAAGGUAAACCAUCCACCUGACAGGUGUGUCAUAUCAAGAAGCUGAUUAAACAGCAUGAUCAUUACACAGGUGCACCUUGUGCUGGGGACAAUAAAAGCCCAUUCUAAAAUGUGCAGUUUUGUCACACAACACAAUGCCACAGAUGUCUCAAGCAUGCUGACUGCAGGAAUGUCCUUCAGAGCUGUUGCCAGAUAAUUUCAUGUUAAUUUCUCUACCAUAAGCCGCCUCCAACAUCGUUUUAGAGAAUAUGGCAGUACGUCCAACCGGUCUCACAACCGCAGACUACGUGUAACCACUCCAGCCCAGGACCUCCACAUCCGGCUUCUUCACCUGGGGGGACAGCUGAUGAAACUGGGUUUGCACAACUGAAGAAACCGUCUCAGGGAAGCUCAUCUGCGUGCUCGUCAUCCUCACCAGGGUCUUGACCUGACUGCAGUUCGGCAUCGUAACCGACUUCAGUGGGCAAAUGCUCAUCUUCAAUGGCCACUGGCACGCUGGAGAAGUGUGCUCUUUACGGAUGAAUGCCUGUACCGGGCAGAUGGCAGACAGCGUGUAUGGCGUCGUGUGGGCGAGCGGUUUGCUCAUGUCAACGUUGUGAACAGAGUGCCCCAUGGUGCCGGUGGGGUUAUUGUAUGGGCAGGCAUAAGCUACGGACAACGAACACAAUUGCAUUUUAUCAAUGGCAAUUUGAAUGCACAGAGGUACCGUAACGAGAUCCUGAGGCCCAUUGUCAUGCCAUUCAUCCGCCGCCAUCACCUCAUGUUUCAACAUGAUAAUGCAUGGCCCCAUGUCGCAAGGAUCUGUACACAAUUCCUGGAAGCUGAAAAUGUCCCAGUUCUUCAUGGCCUGCAUACUCACCAGACAUAUGUCAUCCAUUGAGCAUGUUUGGGAUGCUCUGGAUCGACGUGUAUGAGAGCGUAUUCCAGUUCCCACCAAUAUCCAGCAACUUCACACAGCCAUUGAAGAGGAGUGGGACAACAUUCCACAGGCCACAAUCAACAGCCUAAUCAAAUCUAUGCGAAGGAGAUGUGUCGCGCUGCAUGAGGCAAAUGGUGGUCAGACCAGAUACUGACUGGUUUUCUGAUCCAUUCUGUGACCAACCGAUGCAUAUCUGCAUUCCCAGUCAUGUGAAAUCCAUAGAUAAGGGCCUAAUGAAUUUAUUUCAAUUGACUGAUUUCCUUAUAUCUUUGAAAUUGUUGUAUGUUGCGUUUAUAUUUUUGUUCAGUGUAGAUGGAUUUAUAUCAAAACACCUUUAUAAGUAGAGUUAAGUUCUUAUGUGCGAGGCAGUGUUGGGGGUAACACGUAACAAAAGUAACACGUUACGUAAUCAGCUUACUUUUAUGAGUAACGGAGUAAAGUAACACGUUACCUUUUCAAAUUGGGGAUUAUUAUUACAGUUACUUUCAUAAUCAUAUCUCUACCGGGCGUGUGUUUCCAUGAUCCGAUCUCGACUUGUUUCCUCAUUUAGUUCUCAAGCGAGAGGAGAAAGGCUGUUUGGAGAAAUGUCAUGACUGCUGCUGUCCAUAAAGAUGUAUAGAGGGUGCACCUCUGGUCUUUGCCAUUGAUCACUUCUGUGAUAGCAAAGCCCAUAGAGGGCUUUCCUGUCUGGUGGCCUCUAUACGUCUCUAUGGGUCCGUGUACAUGUGGUCUAUAACCAGAACUGGCAGCUCGAGAUAAAUAUUUUGAACGAAAAGAUAGGAAAUCUGUACAGAUGUUUGGCUUGCAGUAUAUAUGGCUAAUUAAGCAGCCCAUAUGAUAGCGCAGUAUUUGUAGACUAGCACAGGAAAGCACGCCACUGAUGAAUGGAGAAACAUCAAACCAGAGUUAGUAAGUAGCCUAUCUUUAGUAGAGUACGCGCGGCUUGCCGAACUCCAUCCGACAGUAAAACCACUAGUGAGAUUUCGAGAUUUUUUUCAUGAAAGUAAGUCAAAGUAAUAUAACUAGUAAUAUAAGGCGUUCCUUUCCACACAAAGUACUAUGGUAAAGUAACGCGUUACUUUUGUUGAAUGUAUUGAGUAAUAUGUAAUGUAUUACUUUUUCAAGUAACUAAUCCCAACACUGGUAAGAGGUAAGAUCAUGUUUUAUGAUCAUUUAUAAUAAUAAUUGAUUGGAUUCAUAUAGCGCUUUUCCAGAUGUUCAAAGGGCUGUACAUACUAAGGGGAACUCACUUCAUCCACCACCAAUGUGAAGCUCAUCACUUAGGUGGUGCACGGCAACCAUUUGUGCCAGAACGCUCACCACGCAUCAGCUAUUAUAGCAACUGUAUUACUCCAAAUGCAGAUGGAUUCAUAUGAAAACACCCUUACAAGUAAGCUAAGUUAUUGUUGUUGUUUAUUUGUUUUUGUUAUUGUUUACAGAGAGAAGAAGGAGCUUCAGAAGAUUCUAGACAGGAAGAGACAGAACAGCAUUAUCGAGGCCAAGAGCAGAGACAGAGACAAGGCAGAGUCGUAUGUCACUCUGUGUGUGUGUUUGUUUGUGUGUGUGUGUGGGUGUUAGUGUUGCACGCUAUACCGAAACGUCUGAACUUUUUCGAUACUAGACAUUUUUGUUACUUUCGAUACUUCUGUCAAAUGUGUCUCACAUCAUAUACGGAUUGAGAGGAUCGAGUCUGUCUAGUCGCCCCGUAGCGCUCACAUCUAUAGCCAUGAAAUACUUUGAAUGGCUGGUCACGGCUCACAUCAACACCAUCCUCCCAGACACCUUGGACCCACUCCAAUUCGCAUUCCGCUCAAACAGAUCCACAGAUGAUGCAAUCUCUAUUGCACUACACACUGCCCUCACCCACCUGGACAAAAGGAAUACCUAUGUAAGAAUCCUGUUAAUUGAUUACAGCUCAGCAUUCAACACCAUAGUCCCGUCCAAACUCAUCACCAGGCUAAGGACCCUGGUACUGGACACCUCCCUCUGCAACUGGAUCCUGGACUUCCUGAUGGGCCGGCCCCAGGUGGUGAAGGUAGACAACAACACAUCUGCCACGCUGACCAUCAACACGGGGCCCUUCAGGGGUGUGUGCUUAGUCCACUCCUGUACUCCCUGUUCACCCAUGACUGCAUGGCCGGGCAGGACUCCAACACCACCAUCAAGUUUGCUGAAGACACGGUGGUAGGACUAAUCACCGACAACGAUGAGGCAGCCUAAAGGGAGGAGGUCAGAGACCUGGCAGUGUGGUGCCAGGACAACAAUCUCUCCCUCAACGUCAGCAAGACAAAGGAGCUGAUCGUGGACUACAGGACACGGAAGGGCGAGCACGCCCCCAUCCACAUUGAUGGGGCUGUAGUGGAGCGGGUCGAGAGCUUCAAGUUCCUUGGUAUCCACAUCACUAAGGAAUUAACAUGGUCCACACACACCCACACAGUUGUGAAGGGGGCACGACAGCGCCUCUUCCCCCUUAGGAGGCUGAAAAGAUUUGGCAUGGGCCCCUCAGAUCCUCAAAAAGUUCUACAGCUGCACUAUUGAGAGCAUAUUGACUGGCUGCAUCACUGCUUGGUAUGGCAACUGCAAAGCACUCGACCACAAGGCGCUGCAGAGGGUGGUGAGUACAACACUGGGGCCGAGCUCCCUGCCAUCCAGGACCUCUAUACCAGGCGGUGUCAGAGGAAGGGCCAAAAUAAAAUCAGACUCCAGUCACCCAAGCCAUAGACUGUUUUCUCUACAAUCGCAUGGCAAGCGGUACCAGUACACCAAGUGUGGAACCAACAGGACCCUGAACAGCUUCUACCCCCAAGCUAUAAGACUGCUAAACAAGACUGCUAAAUAGCUAAUUUAAUGGCUACCCGGGCUACCUACAUUGACAAUUUUUUGCACUAACUUUCCUGCGCUACGUCUAUGCACACACACUGGACUCUACCCACACACUCACACAUACUUACACUGACACCCCAACAUACACACACACACACGCUACAUAUGCCCCCCCGCACACAUAACACGCACACACAUGCAUACUGACGCCACACACACACUCUCCACAUACACUGCUGCUACUCUCUAUUAUCUAUCCUGUUGCUUGGUCACUUUAUCCCUACCUAUAUAUACAUAGCUACCUCAAUUACCUCAUACCCCUGCACAUCGACUCGGUACUGGUACUCCCUGUAUAUAGUAAUGUCAUUUUUACUCGUUAUUGUUAUUCACUGUGUAUUUAUUCCUCGUGUCACUAUUUCUACUUUGUUUUAAAUCUUUCUUUUUAACUCUGCAUUGAAAAAGGACCUGUUGUUUACGAAGCAUGUGACUAUAAUACAAUUUGAUUUGAAUUAUUUGUCUGAAUCUGUCGUAGAAAUAUUUGACUCAAAAGUAGUCAACUCAAAAAUAUCUCUCAAGAGACUGGAGCUUGUGAAUCCAAAAAUUAGACGUUAUUAUUGCGUAACAAAGCCGAGCUUGCUCCAUGGAACAACUGCUUGCCCUGACCCAGAGAUCUCCUUUUAUACAGACACAAAUGCAUAGUCAUCCUUACAUAGCAUAUACAGCUACUCCACUACAGCCCCAUCAAUGUGGAUGGGGGCGUGCUCGCCCUUCCGUGUCCUGUAGUCCACGAUCAGCUCCUUUGUCUUGCUGACGUUGAGGGAGAGAUUAUUGUCCUGGCACCACACUGCCAGGUCUCUGACCUCCUCCCUUUAGGCUGCCUCAUCACUGCAUGGCAGUGUGCUCUAUUCUAUACACCUGUCAACAACGGUGUGGCUGAAAUAGCCGAAUCCACUAAUUUGAAGGGGUGUCCACAUACUUUUGUAUAUACGGUGCAUUCAGAAAGUAUUCAGACCCCUUGACUUUUUCCACAUUUUGUUACGUUACAGCCUUUUUCAAAAAUUUAUUUAAAAAAUCCCUCAUCAAUCUACACACAAUACCCCAUAAUGACAAAGCAAAAACAGGUUUGUAGAAAAUGUUGCGAAAAUGUUGCUAAUUUAUUACAAAUAAAAAACAGAAAUAUCACAUUUUUCAGUAUUCAGACCCUUUACAGCCUCAAGUCUUCUUGGGUAUGACGCUACAAGCUUGGCACACCUGUAUUUGGGGAGUUUCUCCCAUUCUUCUCUGCAGAUCCUCUCAAGCUCUGUCAGGUUGGAUGGGGAGCGUCACUGCACAGCUAUUUUCAGGUCUCUCCAGAGAUAUUAAAUCGGGUUCAAGUCCAGGCUCUGGCUGGGCCACUCAAGGACAUUGAGAGACUUGUGCCGAACCCACUCCUGCAUUGUCUUGGCUGGGUGCUUAGGGUCGUUGUCCUGUUGGAAGGUGAACCUUCACCCCAGUCUGAGGUUCUGAGCGCUCUGGAGCAGGUUUUCAUCAAGUAUCUCUCUGUACUUUGCUCCGUUCGUCUUUCCCUCGAUCCUGACUAGUCUCGCAGUCCCUGCCGCUGAAUAACAUCCCCACAGCAUGUUAUAAGAAGUUUGUUGAUGGAUAUUUAUACUUUGGGGUUUAUUUGUUAUCAUUUCAGUUUUACUUGGUGUUAUCAAUGUUACACACUAGACACUGUUACACACAAUAGGGAUGGUGCCAGGUUUCCUCCAGACGUAACGCUUGGCAUUCAGGCCAAAGAGUUAAAUCUUGGUUUCAUCAGACCAGAGAAUCUUGUUUCUUAUGGUCUGAGAGUCCUUCAGGUGUCUUUUGGCCAACUCCAAGCGGGCUGUCAUGUGCCUUUUACUGAGGAGUGGCUUCCGUCUGGCCACUCUUCCAUAAAGGCCUGAUUGGUGGAGUUCUGCAGAGAUGGUUGUCCUUCUGGAAGGUUCUCCCAUCUCCACAGAGGAACUCUGGAUCUCUGUCAGAUUGACCAUCGGGUUCUUGGUCACCUCCCUGACCAAGGCCCUUCUCCCUCGAUUGCUCAGUUUGGCCGGGCGGCCAGCUCUAGGAAGAGUCUUGGUGGUUCCAAACUUCUUCCAUUUCUAAGAAUGGAAGCCACUGUGUUCUUGGGGACCUUGAAUGCUGCAGAAAUGUUUUGGUACCCUUCCCCAGAUCUGUGCCUCAACACAAUCCUGUCUCGGAGCUCUACGGACAAUUCCUUCGACCUCAUGGCUUGGUUUUUGCUCUGACAGGCGCUGUCAACUGUGGGACCUUAUAUAGACAGGUGUGUGCCUUUCCAAAUAAUGUCCAAUCAAUUGAAUUUACCACAGGUGGACUCCAGUUAUUUCAUCCAUUUUAGAAUAUGGCUCUAACGUAACAAUGUGGAAAAAGUCAAGGGUUCUGAAUACUUUCCAAAUGUGUAAAUUAAGCCCAGUGGUUAUUCUUUGACUUUAGCUAAUACGCGUUAUUUUUUUUGCACUGGUUUCGAUAUUGAGUACUUUGAUACUAAACCUGGUAUCGUGACAACACUAGUCUGUGUGAGUGUGUCUGUGGGUGUGUGUGUGUGUCUGUGUCUCAUGGUCUCUCUUCACCUCUCUCUCCCUCUCUUUCUUUCUCUCUCCCCCUCUCUCUACCUCUCUCCGUAGGGAACUGAAUGAGAUCAACAGGAAGCAUAUCUCAGACUCUGUCACCUUAAUCCGCCGGGUAAGUGUGUGCUGGCCUCACACACACACACACACACACACACACACACUUAUUGCCUCACUCUUGAGUACAUCUCCUUUAUACUGCUUUCUGCGCUCUGCCAGCCAUCUCCCUUUUUGAUGUCAAUAACUCUCCCUUUCUCUCUCUCUUCCUUUCUCUCUUUAUUUUCUCCCUCUCUCUCUUUUUCUCUCUCCCUCCUUUCUCUUUCCCUCCUCUCUCUUCCUUCUCUCUUUCUCCUUCCCCCUUCCUCCUGCUUUCUUCCCAUUCUCUCUGUCUCCUCACCCUCCCUAGUUGGAUGAGGCCCAGUCAAGGCGUCAGGAGAAGUUGGUAAUCGGUCAGAGAGAAGUCCUACGACACAUAGAGGAGGAGCAACCACUGGUGAGACACACACACACACACAAAUUGGUGAGACAGACACACAUACUGUACCUUCAAAUUUUAUUUUAUUGGCGUGGCUGUUAAAGUUAAAUGAAUCCUUCAUCUAAUCAAUUAAAAUAUAUUUAUUCACCAUCUCUUGCUCUCUCUCUCUCUCUCUCUCUCUCUCUCUCUCUCUCUCUCUCUCUCUCUCUCUCUCUCUCUCUCUCUCCUCUCUCCCUCUCUCUCCUCUCUCCUCUCUCCUCUCUCCAGCUGCAGGCCCGAUUGGAGCGAGACUUGGAGGCGGAGUUACAACGUCUACCAGAAGAGAUCUGCCAAUACCUGCAGGUGCAACUUGAGUCCAAAGGUCUCCGUAGCGACGCUCUCUUCUCCUCCUUAUCCAAUCACAGCCCUAGCUCCAGCUCGGGUCCGCCCUCCAACUGCUCCACACCCACUUUUCCCUUAACACCCAAUAGGAGCACCUGGAACAGGAGCCUGGACAAUAGCAUCGCCUCAUUGGUGGACUCAUCCUCUUCCUCUACUCCUGUCCUAUCAGAGGCAGAUAUGUAAGCCAUAUGUACAUUUAUGUAAACCUAAUGGUCCUGGGCUUUAGUUGGUAAAAUUAUUAUUUUUUGUUUUCAUAAAACAUAUAUAUUUGUAAUUCUUCUCACCGGGAUUUUAGAGAGAGAGAGAGAUACAGACGAGGUUAUCAAAUGUUUUUUUCUUUUUUCUGUUCAUUCAUUUUUUCUUUUUUUUAUCAAUGUCUGUUGGACAUUUUGUCUCUCUACCAAAGCCACUUUCUCGUGUGAUGCAAUCUCCCGCUUUAACUCCUGAAGCUUUAAGCAAGCACACCAUUUUUCUUCAGGAAAAUUACCCAUGCUAUCUGUCCCAAACAAAAAAUCUGGUGGCUUAACUUGGAAUUGUUUUUGGCAUUGUUUUGACUGUGAAUGGUUGGCAAUGUAUUGACUUUUGAGUGGUGGGUCUGUGUUUGAGCUGCAGUACCAAGAUGAGACCACCAGAUGGGAAUGUUGUAUCAGCAGUAGUGAGCAGUUUCUGUCUCUAUCCCUAUGCGAUUCUCUGUUAUUGGCUAGACUAACGCUACAGCUAACAUUGAAAGGCACUUGUUUACACAAAAAACUGCUAGGCAGUGCUAGAUCUGAGCUAGCAUAGCGUGAGGCUAAUGCUACAUGAUAAAUAGCCAGAAUGCUAAUCCCCUGAUCUGCAGCUGGGGGACACAUGAAUGGUAAUGAAAGAGGGAUGACGUGGAGAUGAUGGCCUGCUCCGUCUGUUAUGCCAUUAUGUUAUUAUUCUGAUUUAUUUGAGAUUAUUUGUGUGCGGGUGGGCGCAUGUUCAUCUCCGGGGUAGAUGGCUGCUUUUUGGUCUGUAAACUAUUCUCAUCUCUCACAUCGCUCACAGCCAACUAGAGAGAGAGUGUUUGUGUGUUUUCCCUGUCUUUUCCCUCGAUUUCUCUGUUCCGCUCUCUCUCUCACCCCCCCCCUCUCUCUCUCUCUCUCACACACACUCUCUCCCUCUCUCUCUCUCUCUCUCCCCCCCCCCCCCCCCUCUCUCUCUCUCUCUCUCACACACUCUCUCCCUCUCUCUCUUUGUGUCAGAUCUAAAUGAAAGAUUGAGUUGACACGUGUGCACCUUUCUCACCAGCUUUGGCAUCUGCUGUGUGCCACACACACACAGUGUCAUUUUCCAACUGCCACCUCUUUCUUUUCUUUCUCCCUCUCCUGCUCUCUCUCCCUCAAUAUCUACAGUUGAAGUCGGAAGUUUACAUACACCUUAGCCAACUACAUUUAAACUCAGUUUUUCACAAUUCCUGACAUUUAAUCCUAGUAAAAAUACCCUGUCUUAGGUCAGUUAGGAUCACCACUUUAUUUUAAGAAUGUGAAAUGUCAGAAUAAUGGUAGAGAGAAUGAUUUAUUUCAGCUUUUAUUUCUUUCAUCACAUUCCCAGUGGGUCAGAAGUUUGCAUACACGCAAUUAGUAUUUGGUAGCAUUGCCUUUAAAUUGUUUAACUUGGGUCAAACAUUUCGGGUAGCCUUCCACAAGCUUCCCACAAUAAGUUGGGUGAAUGUUGGCCCAUUCCUCCUGACAGAGCUGGUGUAACUGAGUCAGGUUUGUAGGCCUCCUUGCUCGCACACGCUUUUUCAGUUCUGCCCACAAAUGUUCUAUAGGAUUGAGGUCAGGGCUUUGUGAUGGCCACUCCAAUACCUUUACUUUGUUGUCCUUAAGCCAUUUUGCCACAACUUUGGAAGUAUGCUUGGGGUCAUUUGGAAGACCCAUUUGCGACCAAGCUUGAACUUCCUGACUGAUGUCUUGAGAUGUUGCUUCAAUAAAUCCACAUAAUUUUCCUUCCUCAUGAUGCCAUCUAUUUUGUGAAGUGCACUAGUCCCUCCUGCAGCAAAGCACCCCCACAGCAUGAUGCUGCCACCCCAGUGCUUCACGAUUGGGAUGGUGUUCUUCGUCUUGCAAGCAUCCACUUUUUCCUCCAAACAUAACGAUGGUCAUUAUGGCCAAACAGUUCUAUUUUUGUUUCAUCAGACCAGAGGACAUUUCUCCAAAAAGUAUGAUCUUUGUCCCCAUGUGCAGUUGCAAACCGUAGUCUGGCUUUUUUAUGGCGGUUUUGGAGCAGCGGCUUCUUCCUUGCUGAGCAGCCUUUCAGGUUAUGUCGAUAUAGGACUCGUUUUACUGCGGAUAUAGAUACUUUUGUACCUGUUCCCUCCAGCAUCUUCACAAGGUCCUUUGCUGUUGUUCUGGGAUUGAUUUGCACUUUUCGCACAAAAGUAUGUUCAUCUCUAGGAGACAGAACGCGUCUCCUUCCUGAGCGGUAUGAAGGCUGCGUGGUCCCAUGGUGUUUAUACUUGCGUACUAUUGUUUGUACAGAUGAACGUGGUACCUUCGUGUGUUUGGAAAUUGCUCCCAAGGAUGAACCAGACUUGUGGAGGUCUACAAUAUUUUUUCUGAGGUCUUGGCUGAUUUAUUUAGAUUUUCCCAUAAUGUCAAGCAAAGAGGCACUGAGUUUGAAGGUAGGCCUUGAAAUACAUCAACAGGUACACCUCCAAUUGACUCAAAUUAUGUCAAUUAGCCUAUCAGAAGCUUCUAAAGCCAUGACAUAAUUUUCUGGAAUUUUCCAAGCUGUUUAAAGGCACAGUCAACUUAGUGUAUGUAAACUUCUGACCCACUGGAAUUGUGAUACAGUGAAUUAUAAGUGAAAUAAUCUGUCUGUAAACAAUUGUUGGAAAAAUUACUUGUGUCAUGCACGAAGUAGAUGUCCUAACCGACUUGCCAAAACUAUAGUUUGUUAACAAGAAAUGUGUGGCUUGGUUGAAAAACGAGUUGUAAUGACUCCAACCUAAGUGUAUGUAAACUUCUGACUUCAACUGUAUUUACCUGCAGACUCACACACAUGUUUUAAGGGAAAGUAAGAAGGCAGGAGUGUGUGUGUGUGUAAUUUUAUAGGAGGGGCACACCAGGUUACUGUAGAUAUACAUUAUAACAGAAAGAAACCAUCAGACUCUAAAAACAUGCACACACACAUACAAACAUGUCAAAGAUCAACCAUCGUAUGUAUAUAUGAUGGGAGACACCAACCAAAAUGUACUUUAUCUUUCUAAAUCUUUUUUUUUUUUUUUUUUUUAACUGCCCAGGAAAAUGCCCUAUGCGUGUGUUCACAUGUUGGCUGCGACCCAAAUGGCACCCUUUUCCCUAUUUAGUACAUUAGUUUUGACCAGAGCCCUAUUGAGAAUAGGGUACAUUUGGACGCAGACAUUAUCUGUAUGUGGACGGUGGACUAGAAUAUUCUGUGGAUAUAUUAUUGUUAUUGUUAAUCUGUGUAAUGUAAUGUUAUUGUCGUUUUACAUGAAAUGUACUACUGACUAAAGGUGCCCUUGGGGAGAAUUUUUUUUUUUUUUGGGUGGGAUGCUGAGAUGCUCUGGAAUGAAAGAAACUUUCUUUCUGUCCCUCACCCCUUCCUCUCCUCACCAAUCCUCCCUCACUGGUACUUGCUGCCUGUCUGUCUUGGUAUAUAAUAUUAUAAAAUGCCUCUGUGUAUAUUCAUCAACAUUAUUUUACCAGUUUUUUAAUCUUUAAAUUUUUGUAAUCUUUUUUUUUGUGAUGGAUGAUCUAUUUAAUUUAGUCAGCUGAGCGAAUGAGGAGAGUUUUAUUAUUUGGGGGGGGUUAAUGGUCGGGUUGCUAUGGUAACCAGGGGAGACGACUUUGCUGUGGUAUUUUAGCAAUCGUCGUACCCCUUCCCCCUCCCUUUUGGUUGUGAGGGUCUAUUUUAAAGUUUUCAGACACAGUGUUGAUUGAAUGGUUCACACAAUUGCUAGGGUACUAUUGGGGAGAAGACCUCACACACGUAAAAUAAAUGUACGUUCCAAGUACCGUGGUGUCAGGGUACCUCAAGCGGUUAAGACCGUUGGGCUAGUAACUGAAAGGUUGCUGGUUCGAUUCCCUGAGCUAACUAGGUGAAAAAUCUGUCUGUGCCCUUGAGCAAGGCACUUAACCCUAAUUGCUCCUGUAAGUAGCUCUGGAUAAGAGCGUCUGCUGAAUUACAAAAAUUUAAAUGUACCUUUAGGACCCCAAAAGUUGUUGUUUUAUUUUUACACUGAUGUGGUUUAGGAUUGGGGAACAUUACAAAAUCCCAAUUUAUAUGUAUUUAUGUACAUCGGAGCAUUAGUUUGGGCAUACAUUAUAAUUUUUUAUUUAAUCAGCACAUGUACUUAGUGCUAAAGAUGGUCUUUAUGAUUCAUGACAAGUAUUUGGAUUUUAACUUAGUUCUAGACGUUCAGUUACAUAGCAUUGUUUAAAUUAAGAAAAUUCUAUAAACUGCUAUUGGUCAAUAUUGCACAUGGCUACCAUAUGGAAUUAUUUGAUUGUACUGUGUCAUGUAAAUGCAGAAACCUCAAUGUCCUAACUCUCUAAAUAGAGGACUAUACUAUGUUCUAGAAUACGGCCAGAGAAUUUUACUGCAGAACACUGAGUUCUAGAAUACGGUCCAGUGGUUCUAUGCCAGAAAGUUAGAGGCACUUUAUAGGCCUUCACAUGUUCACAUGCUGAAGAGAGUUCCAUUGAAGGUGUGUGUUUGUGUGUGCAUAUUAUUUAUUUGUUUACAUCAUUUAGCAGAUGCUCUUAUCCAGAGCGACUUACAGUUAGUGAGUGCAUACAUUUUUCAUACUGGCCCCCGUGGGAAUCGAACUCACAACCCUGGCGUUGCAAGCGCUAUGCUCUACCAACUGAGCUACAGGAGGCCAUGUGUGCAUGUGUGUUAUCAAAUUGCGCUCUGUUCACUAUUGUGGUUAGCCAGUUUUCUUCCCUAGAGACUCAGCCUGGAGGCUAAUUCAGUUUAAUCUUGUGGGCUAGUUUCAGCUCUCUCCACACAUACACACACACACACACACUCUUCAGCCCCACACUGUAGACCAGGGAUCAUCAACUAGAUUCAGCCGUGGGCCGAUUUCUUUUCUUGAGCGGAUGGUCGGGGGCCGGAACAUAAUUACAAAUCAUUUGUAGACCGCAAAUUGACCGCAAGAAGCCUAAACAGAUAUAAUGUUUGACUAAAACAUAAUAAUUUCACACCGUGCUUACAUUUGUAUACGAUCACGUUUCUCUCUAUUAUGUGUGGGAAUACUUGGGAACAGAUUUUCUAAAUUAAAAUAACUUGGAGCUGAUUUCCUGGUGUUUUUACAGUCUAUUAUGUCCACAAUGAAAAUUCUAAAAGAAAAUAUAUAUUAUUUUUUGUUUUUUUUGCUCAGAAAACUUGGUGGGGCAAAUGAAACCACCCGCGGGCCGGCCGCCAGUUGGGCAACCCUGCUGUAGACCAUGUGUAAGGCUAUCAACUCCCAUCCCUUCUUACAUUCAUCCCUCCAUCCUUCCCCUUACAAUACUUUCUCUUCCAGGACCAGGUCACUUAAAGGAAGUUUGAAAAGAUAGGCUGUGGGCGGGGAGCUUAUAUUCAUGAGCUCGCCUUGACUGACAGCUCUUUAAAACACCUAUGUCAAGCAAGUUGGAUGCAGUGUUGUGGUAAAAUCAUCUUAAGCUAAUUUGGUGAUACACAAAGCAACUCAAACAACAUUGAAAUUGCAUCAAUGAUGUCAAAAAUGUUUUAUGCAUCUCUUGUUUGUCAUGUGGUUCACAGCAGCACUGACAGAUGUGUUGACUUGACAACAGCGUCAGAGUUUUGAACGACCCUUCCCCCUCUUUUGAUCCAUGCUGGCUAAAGACCUAGCUAGCCAUUAACUAGCUAACACCAGACACAGAUACAGGGGAAACACAAUAAUAUUUGCCAUAGAUGAAGAGGGUAAACUUUUAAUAAUAUUUUCUGACACCCUUCAGUAACAUUUUUGGCACCAGUAGAGUAGCUAUCUAGCUAUGUAAACAGCGCCCUUCUGCAAACAUGCCUUCUCCGAUGUUGGUUACAAGGCGGUACUUAUUUAAAUUAGGUAAGAGAAUAUCAUGUUACCGUUGAUGUAUUAAAAUGAGAGAGUUAUGGUGAUGUCACCCUAUCCCCUUAAUAAUCCCGCCACCUGAAUCCAAGUGUUUAACACGGGGGAAGGGACCAGUAACUUUAUUAUCAAACUUUAUCAAUGUAGAAGCAAUAGUCAUUUUUCAUACUCUGGUCAUCAUACUUGGAUCUGGUUUCAUCCAAAUAUCAUCCAAUUUCAUGAAAAACAUAAUUUUGACUGUUCAUGGCCUUUAGAACAGACUGAGAGAUGGAGUCGGCGAAGGAGCGGUAUAGUUGGUUGACACUGUAUGACUGCCAUUCCUUCUUACAUUCACCCUCUCAACCCCUCUAUCCAUCCUUCUCUCCCUCCUUCCCCUUACAAGAGUUUCUCUCCGAGCCCCCAGGCCACUUAAUAGAAAGAGAUAGAGACAGAGAGAGAGAGAGAGGUAUAGGUUUCGUCCCAAAUUACAACCUAUUCCCCAUAUAGUGCACUAUGGGCCCUGGUCAAAAGUAGUGCACUAUAUCGGGAAUAGGGUACCAUUUGGGGCACAGCCAGAGUUUGUUGACACUGUAUGUAGAAAUGAUGAGUUUCUCUCUCUGCCCCAGGCCACUUAAUAUAAAGAGAGAUAAAAAAUAAAAAUAAAAAGCAGGAUGAAGAAGGAGAGUGAGAGGUAGAGUUUGUAGACACUGUAUGUAGAAAGGACUGGUCCGCCAUGUCAAAGGGAAUAAUACUAUGAUGCAUCAAGAUGUAAUAUUUUGUAUUGUUUAUCUGGAGAUAUAAUAUACACUGUAUAACUCAAUAAAUACAGAAUUUUUGUCUAAAAUCUCUGCUUUGUCUCUGACUCGAUCCGAAACGUGCUUGACAUUUUUAAAGUGAAUUUCCAAUUGAGCCGACAUCUACAGCGCUUACCUUGAAUGCAAUCUCUGCAAACAAGGUAACAUUGCCUUUAAAAGGCGUGUUGAAUCCUGGCCAUUGUGUAAGUAAUUUAACCGUUUAAUUUUGUGUACUAGUGUGUCUGUGUGUGUGUAAUAUUGUCUGGUGCAGAAAAAAUUAUUCCUGCGCUGAAGACGUCUAUAUUAGUCCGCUAAUACAGGACUAGUAAAGGCCCAGUGCACUACUUUUGUGAAAAAACUAAAUGUAUUUGAGUGUUUACCAGCAUUUCUUGAGUCUGAUAAUUAUCUGUACAAAACAGUUAAUCUGAUAAUACUUGUGGAAUUUAAAAAUACUUGCUUGAUAUAUUUUCGAGUUUCUUGAAAUACUUUGCAAAUGCAACUUAUUUCUAUGUGAAAACUGAAAUGGUCUAUUCAUUCCUUUUCCAUUUUAGUAGACGCUCUUAUCCAGAGCAACUUACAGUCGUGAGUGGAUACAUUUUCAUACUUUUUCGUACUGGUCCCCCAUGGGAAUCGAUCCCACAAGCCUAGCAUUGCAAAUGCCAUGCUCUACCAACUGAGCCACAUCAUCACAAACCACUUGAUGUCUCAAUGUACUCAAUUACUGUAUUGUGCAUAGUUUUUUUCAUGGUGAUGGAAAUUCUAUGGGUACAAACCUAGAUGACCAGCCUACAGUAUGUACAAUACAGUAAUGCACAUUUACUUUAAGUGGUUUGUAAGGAUGGUAAAUUAAUACUUAAUGCUGCACAGAAAGUGGUUGCUUUCCAUGUUAUUUGAUCAGGAAAAAUAUUUAAUUUGAUUUGGAUGUUUUGUGUCUUUGCUCAUUAUUUUGCAACUUUUGAUGUAAAUGUUUGAGGAGAGGGUUUUGUUCGUUCUGGAUUCCAUUAGAAUGACAAUCGCAGAGAAAGGGACAGGGCAACAACUCUUACAAUUCCAACUAUUGAAUCCUGCAAGAUGCUGUUCUUAAUUAUAUUACCUUUUUUGCCAAAGUGGAGAUGUUGAAAAACGUUUUUUUGCCCACGCUACAUCUGUCUAUCUCCGUCUGCCAUUACUAGUAAAGGCCCAGUGCACUACUUUUGUGAAAACCGCUUUUUAAUACUUCUUUACAAUAAUUUUUGUACUUUUUACAACUUUUUUAUUAGAUUUGUUAGGGGGUGCUGCAGCACCCUCAGCACCUCUACUUCCCGCGGCUAUGUGUGGAUGCAUCCCAAAUUGCACCCUAUUCCCUAUAUAGUGCACUACUUUUGACCAUGGCCAAUAUAGCACAAUAAAGGGCUCUCCAACCCUGUUCUUAGAGAGCUAUCGUCCUGUAGGUUUUCACUCCAACACUAAUCUAGCGUACCUGACUAAUAAUUAGCUGAUUGGUGAACUGAAUCAGAUUAGUUACAACUCGGGUUGGAGUGAAAACCUACAGGAAGGUAGCUAAGCCCUGAUAUAAUGUUGAAAGUCUGGAGCGACCUGGCAUGAACAAAUCGUCAGAAGUUGCGUCAUGACAUUUGUUCAACCUUAUGUUCAUAUGCACAUACAGUAAAAAAAUUAAAAAGCUUUCCAAAGUAUUUUUAUGGUAGUGGAAGAAGUUUAAAGUGUGCAAUAUUCAAGUGUGCUUGAAUAAUGUAAAAAACAAACGUAAGUAUCAACAGCAAUUUGAUGAUGAUUUCAACAUUUAGUAUUUAUUAUGAUCCCCAAUUAGCUGCUGUCCAUGUGUCACUGUCUGUCACCUCCAAAUUUUUCUCUUGACCUGUGUGCACUUACGUUGUAAAUCCCAUGAUGGGUAUAGGGAAAAUUCGAGAAUCAUGUAGUAGCUUAAACCUAUCACUGUUACAUUGAACUGGGUGAAUGGAAUAAGAAUGACAGUCAUCCAAUAUGUCCUUCUUUGCCGAACCUGACCACACAACUGGACAGUACUCCAGGUGCGACAAAACUAGGGCUUGUAGAACCUGUCUGGUUGACUGAGAUAUCAAGAAAGCAGAGCAAUGCCUUAUCAGAUGAGGUUUAGGGUUGAGCGAGUGAUCUGUCCCAAAAAUGAUGCUUUUCAUUAAAAAAAAAAAAUAUUUAGCACCAGUCUAUUUCUAGUUACCCAUUCUAAAACUGACUAGAGCUCUAUGUUAAGGGUGUCUCUUAUUUAUUUUACUGUUGCAGCCGACAUGUAUACUAUUGAGUCGUCAGCGUACAUGGACACACAGGCUUUUUUCAAGGUCAGUGGAAGGUCAUUAGUAAACACAGAAAACAAUAAUUGUCCAAGGCGGCUGCCCUGCGGUACACUCAAUCAAUCAAAUGUACGGUAUUUAAAAAGCCCUUUUUACAUCAGCAGAUGUCACUAAGUGCUUAUACAGAAACCCAGCCUAAAACCCCAAAGAGCAAGCAAUGCAGAUGUAGAAGCAUGGUGGCUAGGAAAAACUCCCUAGAAAGGCAGGAACAUAGGAAGAAACCUAGAGAGGAACCAGGCUCUGAGGGUUGGCCAGUCCUAUUCUGGCUGUGCCGGUGGAGAUUAUAAGACUACAUGGCCAUUAAGGCUAGAUUGUUCUUCAAUAUGCUAAAACGUUCAUAUUUUGUUGUGUGACAGUCUGAAUUCAAAAUUGAUUAAAUAUAUUUUUUCCCUCAUUAAUCUACACACAAUACCCCAUAAUGACGAAGCAAAAACAGGUUUUUACACAUUUUGAAAAUGUAUCUAAAAAUGUUUUUUGUACAUUUUACAUUUUUACAUUUUAGUCAUUUAGCAGACGCUCUUAACCAGAGCGACUUACAGGAGCAAUUAGGGUUAAGUGCCUUGCUCAAGGGCACAUUAACGUCAUUUAGCAGACGCUCUUAGCCAGAGCGACUCACAAAUUGGUGCGUUCACCCUAUAGCCAGUGGGAUAACCACUUUACAAUUUGGGGGGGGGGGGUUAGAAGGAAUACUGCUGUUAUUUGUAAAUAAGGUAUUUACAUAAGUAUUCAGACACUUUGAUAGGAGACUCGAAAUUGAGCUCAGGUGCAUCCUGUUUCCAUUGAUCAUUCUUGACAUGUUUCUACAACUUCAUUGGAGUCCACCUGUGAUAAAUUCAAUUAAUUGGACAGGAUUUGGAAAGGCACACACCUGUUAAUAUAAGGUCCCACAGUUGACAGUGUAUGUCAGAGCAAAAACCAAGCCAUGAGGUCGAAGGAAUUGUCACUCUGACAGAGCUCUAGAGUUCCUCUGUGGGGAUGGGAGAACCUUGCAGAAGGACAACCAUCUCUGCAGCACUCUACCAAUCAGGCCCUUAUGGUAGAGUAGCCAGACGAAAGCCACUCCUCAGUAAAAGUCACAUGACAGCCCGCUUGGAGUUUGUCAAAAAGCACCUGAAGGACUCUCAGAGCAUGAGAAACAAGAUUCUCUGGUCUGAUGAAACCAAGACUGAACUCUUUGGCCUGAAUUCCAAGUGUCACAUCUGCAGGAUACCUGGCAUCAUCCCUACGAUGAAGCAUGGUGGUGGCAGCGUCAUGCCGUGGGGAUGUUAUUCAGCGGCAGGGACUGGGAGACUAGUCAGGAAAGAUGAACGGAGAAAAGUACAGAGAAAUCCUUGAUGAAAACCUGCUCCAGUGUGCUCAGGUCUUCAGACUGGGGCAAAGGUUCACCUUCUAACAGGACAACGACCCUAAGCACACAGCCACGACAACGCAGGAGUGGCUUCAGGACAAGUCUCUGAAUGUCCUUAAGUGGCCCAACCAGAGCCCGGACUUGAACCCGUUCGAACAUCUCUGGAGAGACCUGAAAAUAGCUGUAGCGUGACGCUCCCCAUCCAACCUGACAGAGCUUGAGAGGAUCUGCAGAGAAGAAUGGGAGAAACUCCUCAAAUGCAGGUGUGCCAAGCUUGUAGUGUCAUACCCAAGAAGACUCCAGGCUGUAAUGGCUGCCAAAGGUGCUUCAACAAAGUACUUAGUAAAGGGUCUGAAUACUUAUGUAAUUGUGAUAUUUCAGUUUUUUAGAUUUUAAUAUAUUUACAAACAUUUCUGAAAACCUGUUUUUGCUUUGUCAUUAAUGGGUAUUAUGUGUAAGUUGAUGAGGGGGGAAAAAACGAUGUAGUCCAUUUUAGAAUAAGGCUAUAACGUAACAAAAUGUGGAAAAGGUCAAGGGGUCUGAAUACUCUCCGAAUGCACUGUAGGUAGGAGCAAGUCCAUGUAAUGUUUGUAGGUUAGCAGUAAAACCUUGAAAUCAGCCCUAGCCUUAACAGGACGCCAAAGGCUAGCACUGGAGUAAUAUGAUAUAAUUUUUUGGUUCUAAUCAAGAUUCUAGCAGCUGUAUUUAGCACUAGCUGAAGUUUAUUUAGUGCUAGUGUUUAUUUAGUGCACUCAACUGAAUUUGCAUUAGAGAGGCUUCCAUUAAAGAAAUCCUCUGUGUUCAAUUGGAUAGGUACAGUGGGGAGAACAAGUAUUUGAUACACUGCCGAUUUUGCAGGUUUUCCUACUUACAAAGCAUGUAGAGGUCUGUACUUUUUAUCAUAGGGGUACACUUCAACUAUGAGAGACAGAAUCUAAAACAAAAAUACAGAAAAUCACAUUGUAUGAUUUUUAAGUAAUUAAUUUGCAUUUUAUUGCAUGACAUAAGUAUUUGAUCACCUACCAACCAGUAAGAAUUCCAGCUCUCACAGACCUGUUAGUUUUUCUUUAAGAAGCGCUCCUGUUCUCCACUCAUUACCUGUAUUAACUGCACCUGUUUGAACUCGUUACCUGUAUAAAAGACACCUGUCCACACACUCAAACAGACUCCAACCUCUCCACAAUGGCCAAGACCAGAGAGCUGUGUAAGGACAUCAGGGAUAAAAUUGUAGACCUGCACAUGGCUGGGAUGGGCUACAGGACAAUAUGCAAGCAGCUUGGUGAGAAGGCAACAACUGUUGGCACAAUUAUUAGAAAAUGGAAGAAGUUCAAGAUGACGGUCAAUCACCCUCAGUCUGGGACUACAUGCAAGAUCUCACCUCGUGGGGCAUCAAUGAACAUGAGGAAGGUGAGGGAUCAGCCCAGAACUACAUGGCAGGACCUGGUCAAUGACCUGAAGAGAGCUGGGACCACAGUCUCAAAGAAAACCAUUAAUAACACACUACGCCGUCAUGGAUUAAAAUCCUGCAGCGCACGCAAGGUCCCCCUGCUCAAGCCAGCGCAUGUCCAGGCCCGUCUGAAGUUUGCCAAUGACCAUCUGGAUGAUCCAGAGGAGGAAUGGGAGAAGGUCAUGUGGUCUGAUGAGACAAAAAUAGAGCUUUUUGGUCUAAACUCCACUAGCCGUGUUUGGAGGAAGAAGAAGGAUGAGUACAACCCCAAGAUCACCAUCCCAACCGUGAAGCAUGGAGGUGGAAACAUCAUUCUUUGGGGAUGCUUUUCUGCAAAGGGGACAGGACGACUGCACCGUAUUGAGGGGAGGAUGGAUGGGGCCAUGUAUCGUGAGAUCUUGGCCAACAACCUCCUUCCCUCAGUAAGAGCAUUGAAGAUGCGUCGUGGCUGGGUCUUCCAGCAUGACAGCGACCCGAAACACACAGCCAGGGAAACUAAGGAGUGGCUCCGUAAGAAGCAUCUCAAGGUCCUGGAGUGGCCUAGCCAGUCUCCAGACCUGAACCCAAUAGAACAUCUUUGGAGGGAGCUGAAAGUCCAUAUUCCCAGCGACAGCCCCGAAACCUGAAGGAUCUGGAGAAGAUCUGUAUGGAGGAGUGGGCCAAAAUCCCUGCUGCAGUGUGUGCAAACCUGGUCAAGACCUACAGGAAACAUAUGAUCUCUGUAAUCGCAAACAAAGGUUUCUGUACCAAAUAUUAAGUUCUGCUUUUCUGAUGUAUCAAAUACUUAUGUCAUGCAAUAAAAUGCAAAUUAAUUACUUAAAAAUCAUACAAUGUGAUUUUCUGGAUUUCACAGUUGAAGUGUACCUAUGAUAAAAAUUACAGACCUCUACAUGCUUUGUAAGUAGGAAAACCUGCAAAAUUGGCAGUGUAUCAAAUACUUGUUCUCCCCACUGUAACUGUCAAUGCAUGAAAAGGCAGAGGAUGUCCAUAACACCUACGUUUUUUCCGCAAGACGUUACGAUCAAUGAUGUCAAAGGCUGCACUGAAGUCUAACAAAACAGCUCCCACAAUCUUCUUAUUAUCAAUUUAUUUCAGCCAAUCAUCAGUAAUUUGUGUGCGUGCCUAGCAUGUUGAGUGCCCUUUCCUAUAAGCAUAUUUCUGUAAAAUAUAUACAGUACUAGUAAAAAAUUAUUGGACACACCUACUCAUUCAAGGCUUUUCUUUAUUUUUACUAUUUUCUACAUCGUAAAAUAAUAGUGAAGAUAUCAAAACUAUGAAAUAACCCAUAUGGAAUAAUGUAGUAACCAGAAAAGUGUUAAACAAAUCUAAAUGUAUUUAAUAUUUGAGAUUCUUCAAAGUAGCCACCCUUUUAACUUGAUGACAGCUUUGCACACUCUUGGCAUAUUUUGUGUGAGUGAGAAAAUGAUGGAGUGAGUGUUUGUGUAUGUGUUGGAGUGAGUGUGUAGGGCCCUGUGAGUGUGCAUAGACACAAUGCAAAUAUUGAAAUAAAAGGUCAACAAAGAUACAAUGUAAAGUCAGAUAGUCCGUGUUGCUAUUUUGUUAGCUAUUUAGCAGUCGUAUUGCUUGGGGAUAGAAGCUGUUCAAGAGCCUGUUGGUGUCAGACUUGAUGCACCGGUAUCUCUUGGCGUGCAGCAACAGAGAAAUAGUCUAUGGUUUGGGUGGUUGGGGUCUUUGACGAUUUUCCGGGCCUUCUUUUCACACCGCCUGAUAUAGAGUUCCUGGAUGGCAUGGAGCUCGGACCCCAGUGAUGUACUGGGCUGUCCGCACAACCCUCUGUAGCGCCAUGCGAUUGAGGGCGGUGCUAUUGCCAGUCAAAAUGCUCUCAAUGGUACAGCUGUAGAACUUUUUGAGGAUUUGAAGGCCCAUGCCAAACUUUUUCAACCUCCUAAGGGGUAAGAGGCACUGUCGUGCCUUGUGUGUGUGUGUUUGGACCAUUUCUUUAGUGAUUUGGACACAGAGGAACUUGAAGCUGUCUACCUGCUCCACUGCCGCCCUGUCGAUGUGGAUGAGGGCGUGUUCGCCCCCCUGUUUCCUGUAGUCCAAGAUCAGCUCCUUGGUCUUGCUGACGUUGAGGGAGAGGUUGUUUAUCAUUUUAAGCUUGGAAAAGAGACCCUUAAUCCCAGACUUGGGACCACACAGCCGCUCCACUGAAUAGCAGGCUAGUGAUUGCUUUGCAAUGCUUGCAGUUAGCCACUGAUUCCUUCCAAACCACUCAUUGUUGAAUUUGCAAUUUCCAACUUGUUGUGUUAUGUUUAUGUCCAAUGGCCGAUGAGCACCGAUACAUUUUAUCUAUAAUUUCUCUUCAUUAUUUAUCUUCAUAUGACAAGGAUUAAAAAGGAUUUGCCUGUACGUUGUCCACUUUAUUCAUGAUGAUGACUGCUAGCUAAGAUUUUGAAAGUAUGAUGUUAACAUGAUCAGUCCAAUCAAAGCUACUGUAGAUAUAACGUGAUUUGAUGUAAUUUUAUCUAUGGCCAAUGACCUUGAGCCUUCUUGGAUGGGCACUUCUAAUGUAACGCUAUGGCAGCACCCAAGGGGCUUGAAUUUUCGAGCUCUACCCUUAGACUUGGCGGUCCCUAUGAGUGACAGAACACUGAGCCAAUCACGGCACAACUAGAGAACAUUACCAACACCUACGCUCUGUAUUUUCCACUGGCUGCCCCACCACCACAGAAAGCACUGAGCUAGGCUGAAACACCUGCAUUUUGAAGCUGCCUUACUCAAUAAAGCAAAAAAGAGACCAUGAUUGUAUGCAGCUUUAUUAACUCAAUUAUUUUUUUGAAUUAUUUUUUUUACAUCAUUUGCAAACUGAUAUAUGACACGUAUUAAUGCCAAAAUAACAUGCAAAACAGGCAAGCCCCCAAUGUGGGCCUCAAAACAGGUGGGGCUCUGCCCCACUUGCCCUGAAUGACGGGUCGCCACUGAACAUAGGGCUCUUGUACAGUAUACUUUACAAUUAGUAAUAGGUGGUAUAACUUUAGAGUCCUUGGUCUCUUGUUGUGGUGUGUUUUGCUGAGUAGUGCAGUAGCUACUCUAAUCUAUCCUAAAGCAUUUUUCUAAACUUUCUCUUGUUAAUUUCUUUCUCUUCUCUGCACACAACCUUCUUUUUUUGCCAGUUUCUCCAACUUUUCUCUCUCCCCUCCUUCCCUCUCUCUCCUGCGGGACUGUUGUUUUUUCUAUUUUCUUCUGCUCUGUUCUUUCCUUCCGUUCCUCUCCAGCGGAAAGGUGUCACGCUACCGUGGUUACCUGUGGUUGCCGUGGGAAUAGCAGCUGUCUGUCAGUUGGGCUCCUGUUGUCAGGCUGUCGUGAAGGGGAAGUUGACAGAUACAAGUUUUGAUUUGAAAGAUAAGUAUUUAUUUCACCUUUAGCCUUUCUCAGGAUUUGUCUGGUCAAA